CCUUGCAGCUGCUUGUUGCUGGGGAGGGUGACGUCAUUGCUUCCGCCCCACUUCCUCUGUGUGUGAGUGUCUCCUGCUGGUGGUGCUUGCGGUGGGUGAAGCUUCGUACACACUCACUCACUGAGACCGUGCGAAGGGGGGGGAGACAGACAUAGAGAGAGUGAGAGACAGAGGCUCCAGCAUGGAGUAACAGGAGAUGGGGCUCGGACGGGGCCACCAGCAGCAGCAGCCAGUCGGGCGGGGCAGCAGGGCUGCCUUCUUGUAAGCCAGUCCCUGGGAGGUGCACGGCUGAUUACACCGCUGGCCUUGGGGGGAGACCGAUUCACUGGAAGGUGGGGGGAGGAGAGAGAGCCGGGGACCCCCUUCUUCUCGCGGAGCCAGUGGGGUAUGUGAGGGUAAAGAUGAGCAGCUCGGAGCCCCCCGAGACGGGAGACACACGGUGAUCGGUACAAAAUGAGCGAGGAAGCCUCCCCGGAGGAGUAAGUGCCUGAUCCUUGUAUUAUUAUAUUUUUUGGGGGGGUGGAGGGGAUUGGUAGGAUGCAGAUGGUGGGGGGGCCUUAAUAUUUGGGGAGUCCUUGCAUUGCACUGAAUUGCUCUUCAUGGUUGGGGUUUGGUGGCCUCCAGUGUACUCUGUAGAAAGUUGGGGAAUGGGCAAGACCUGAUUCUUGUAUUUGCUCCAGAUUCCCCGAAAAAUCCAUCUAAAUUGGGCUGUGCAUGCUGAGGGAUAGUGGCAUUGCCCCCCCCCUUUAGCCCUGCUUUAACACCACCAGUGCUAACCCAUCCUGCAGCCAGAGAUGCAUGGCAGAGCUCCGCAUGGCAUGCUGCAAGUUAAAGCCCCUGGUAUGGCUGUAUGCAUGGGGCCUGCAGAGCUGUUGCCAUGUUACAGGCUGUGUUUUUUUUAUGAAUAAAAGGCUAGAUACAAGCAGAGUUCCAGGUUGUAAUGCAAAGAAGGACUAGUUGCAAGAAAGAUUUAGUUUUAUUUUGAUUGUGUUAAUGUUUCCAUUUAAAAAAAAAAUAAAAAAAUUUGUUUCUGCAUGCCAUUUGCAGUUCUCUCACACUUCCACGUCGUGUGUUUAUGUAAACCUGUGGCUUUAACCCUAUUGCUGCAGGAGGCAGGGCUGCAUACUGAGUUAUUUGAAAAUUUAAGAGUAUUUAGUUGCAAAAAGUACAUCCUAAAUAUUUGUGUGUUCGACUUUUUAAAGAAAAAUGACAGUGGUUGCAUAUAAAAAAAAGUUAUGCAGUCACUGCGGGUCUGCAGAGAAUUUGUGAGUUACGGUAAUCUGGUAAAUUAGGUAGUUAACCACUUAAUGAUCAAUCAUUCUAACAGUUUAGCAGAUCAAUCUCGACUUUGUGUAUGUCCUCGUACAAGGCUAAAUCGUAUGUCUGUGUAGCAAUUUGCCUAACUGACCAUAAGGGGUUAACUACUGUCACCUUUAGAUGGGUUCCAUUCUCUAGCUAUCUCAGUCCUGCUGAUUUGACGAGUAAUUUGCUGCAUAUGUCAGAAUUACUAGUUGGGGGGGAAAUGUACAACACCUCUUUGCUGGUCUUAGUUUUGGAAGUCUGUUGUCAAUUUUGUUUCUUAGUGAAUAAAAUCCCCAUUGUUUUAAGGCUAUGCAGACACUUUUUUUGUUUUGCACAGCUAAAAACAAAAGCGCAUAGUGCAUGAAUUUGUACACUUUGACUCCUGAGUUGUGAUGGACUACUAUUCUCAUAAUGCCCAGUUAGCAAAACAUGGUCAUCAGAAGCUGGUGUGUGAAACAACUUUGUGUGCUGUAGGUGAAUGUUUGAACCGUAGCACAGUUUAGAGUUUAUUAUUGGAAGUCUGUUCAUAAUACAUCUAAUAACAAACUUUUGGUGAUGUCUGUAAUGUAUUCCAGUGUUGUUGUUUUUACUAUGUGAACAGCAGAACACAUAUUACUUGCCACAUGGAAAUCACUAGCCCAUUGGUGUGGCAAUUAAACUGUAACAUUUUGUUUGACCAGUCUAUGGAAUUUGAGGUUCUGAAAUAUGACAUAAUUGGUGCCCAACUCGUUUUAAGUAUUGUAUUUAGAAUCCAGAUUACUUUAAAACUCUGCAACAUUGGACAGUGUCUGUUGUUAAAAUAAAUAACUUUGGCAUACAUUAUCAAAUAUGCAAUGAAUCUUCAAUAAUUUGUAGAUUGUUGUGUUAUAUACAUCAUUCAGUUUGAUAGUAAAAUCUUUUAGAGAUUAAAACAAGCUCUUUUUUGUACCUUUUCACAACUGUACCUGCCAAAUUAUAGUACCAGCAUUCUCUAAUUGACAGCGACUUAAUGCCUACAGUUUAAUGUCAACUUGCAUUUUUAUCCUUGAAUUGCCAACAAGGUUAUUGCAAGGAAAUGUGUGUACUAUAAUGACUUUUCCACCUUAAAGGCUGGAAAUCAUUGUGUCAGUAGUAGUUGGCUAUGAAAUCAUAUUCUGUAGUUAAGAAUGCAUUGCAGUUAGCUAUAUUGUUCUGCUAAUCCAGUUAAAAAAAUAAAUUUAAAAAAAAUCACGAAUUGUGUUUUUAAUAUCAAAGUAUCUGAGGCCCAUGGCGAUGUCUUCCUUCCAAAGGCCUCUUUGUUGAGGUUUGCAAAAUAUUCAAAAGCUAUGGCAUUUGUAUUGGGUUCCAGUGUUCUAUCAGGUGUAAACUGAUCUAUGAGAGGAGCAGAACUCAUCAGGAAUGUGCCCUUUUAAUGAUAAUGAAUUUGAGAGUAUUUAGCAGAAAUAACUUCAUGGUAUGAAAUAACUGGUCUUCUUGUAAUCACUUGUGUGUGCGCAAUGUCUGCAUAAUAUGUAAAAUUGCUUUGAUAAUGGUUGGCAUUACACUGAAAAAGUAGCAGUUUUGCAAUUUGAAUGGGUUAACUUCAAGCUGUCUGAAAAGAACACCUUUAAUGAGAUGGCUGUGGCAUUAUAGUUAUGCCCUGAAAAUAAGGUUUUUGCCCAGCCCCUGGUCCUUGAGAGUUAAGAAAAUAUUUAGUUUUAUACCAGCCCAUAUAUGGCGCUUCGUUUUUUCUUUUAAGUCAUUGAGAAGUAUUACAUCCUUUUCAAUCUUUCAUGUAAAAUCUUCAUUGGAAGUGCCCAGAUAUUGUGCUAACAAAUUACAUGAAUCAACAACAAUGGGUUUAAAUUCAGCAUCUUCAGAAUACAGUGGAAUAGGUAGGUGUAUGCCGGUUUUGUUCAAAGUAGGACUGUGGCCUUGUUUCGGUAAAAUUUGGUGUUUGUUCAUUCGUAUAAUUUCUUGUAAAAAGUACUUUUUCAUACCUUAGAUAAUCACUCUUUUCACUAAAUUUGCAAUUGUUGAGAAUUAACAAAUGAGCUGUACAAUUUGGCCAGAACAGCAGAAUUUUGAGAAAUUGUGUAACUCAAACAUGUUUCCAGAUCUUUUUGGCUCAACAUAUGUUUUCAUAUUAGUAAAUACAACCCACCGUCUGCUCUCCUUUCUAAAUCAGAUUUCUGCAGAUUUCAUUAAAAGUGCCUACCUGUAUGUGUGGCUUUUUUUUUUUUUUUUGUCAGCCUAACUAUAUUUCCUUUGUACUUUGCUCCAACAUUGAUUGUCUGUAAAGUACUGCUUACACUUUGUGUAGCUUGCUCGGACCUUUCUCAAAUGUUGGAUAAAUCUGAUAUUACUUCUUCCAAAAGCUUGUUUUUCCUCUAAUCGUGGAACAGACAUUUUUGGUUUCCUUUAUAAAAGUAGACUAUCAAAGUGAUUUCCUCAGGCUGUAAAAAAACAUUCUACUCCACCUCAAGCAGGAAAGGAAGGCUUUGUAGCAUUUUUAAUAUGAGCUUGUAAAACCCUGUUAGCACGUGCAAUCUUCUAACCUAUUGAGCAUAGCUUUUGCUUUUAGGAAUUUUUUUCUUUUUCAACCCAAUUCUUUUGAUUGUUGAGUGACCAUUGUUUUGGCAUUAAAGCAUAAUUAGGUGAGUCCUCCGCUAAACUUGGAACUGUAGAUAAUUGACAAGGGAAUUUUCAAAUAUUAGGUUCAAUAACCAAAGCAUAACUACUUUAUUUUUAUUGUUUGGCUCUGCUAUAUUGAAGUACAAACGACAAUACCAUUGUCAGUUCUCUCAUUUAAUGAAUAUCCUCAAAUAUGUUUUAGAAUUUAACAGUUUAUUAAAAUGUAAAAACAGGGUUUACUCACUAAACAGUUCAUUGAUGGAAUUGUGCAGCCUAAAGCACAGAAUUGGGAAAUAUUCUUUAAGCCAGCUAUGCACUUUAUGCAUGAAUACUGCAACUUAUUUUGCAAUUUACAAUAAUUCAGUGCUUAGCUUAAACCUAAGCUACAUUUCCAACUUAGUAUCUGGUCUGAAACUUGCAAUUCCCUGGUAAAUUCCUUGUUUAGUCAAAAACCUUGUAUGAGAGGGUCAUGUCGCAAAGCCUAGAAAAGAAAAUAUGGGAUUUUGGAUAAUGCAUUUUUUUUUCUUCCUAAUUUUAUUAUAUAUUGUAUUCGUGCCUAAAGUGUAUGUGUAAAAAAAAAAAAAGUUACCUGUUCUAUAUUUUUCCUGUUUAUUUUCCCCCCCCCCCCAUUUUGUUUUAAUAGAAGGGGUGUCUGAACAGCUAGAAUUUUAAAUUAUUCUCUUUAAAUUAUGCCAUUAAUAAAUAAACACUGCAACUUUUUAUAUAUGUGUGUGUGUGUAUAUAUAUAUGUGUGUGUGAAUGAACCAUACCAAACCAUCUGGGCAGUGUAAUGACCCCUGUGGUCCCCACCUAUGGUGUCUGGUGGUUUAUUUGGGGACAUCUGGCAAAUAUUUGGCAGCAGCCCCAGUCCUAACACAGUGCACCAUGGGUAGGUCCUCAGCUGUUAUUCCAGAACUACAACUCCCAUGACGCUUUGCCAUCCCCAAGGCUUGCAGAGCAGUGUGGGAGUUGUAGUACAGGCUGUGGUGUGAGCUGUGCUCUCCCUCCGCCAUGCUUGUGGUUUAUUUUCCUGUCACGUUGUUAUUCAUAUGCAGGCUGCCGCUCAUUCAUAAAACGCUCACCGCGGGCAGGCGAGGUGGGUGUGAGACGACCUGCAGAGGGUGGGGGCAGGGGGCGUGCUGCUGCUCCCCCUGGAUUCCCCCGCAGGCCGCGCGGCUGGGUGGGGUCGGAUGUUAGUGCCAUGGAACGGGUCAGGGCUGGAUAGGAGGGGCGGGGUCAGGGCUGUCGAUUAGCAUAACGGGGCGUGUUCAAAGGGUUAGAGGAGGCGGGGCGGUUGGUUACAGCGCGGGGGGAGUGGGCGUGGCCGGUGGAUGUCGCUCGGAUUCCGUAUCUGGAGAAAGAGAGAGCGCGCGCGCCGGCACGGACCUAUUUGUGAAUAGAAGCAGAGUGUGGGCGCGGUCACGUGACCGCAGCCAUUCAUAAAUUCUGCAGUCCCUUCCCAGGCUCCCGUGCGGCCGGCCGGCUUGCUAUGACGCACUGCCAGGAGAGAUGGACCUGCCGCCAUGUUUAUCAUGGGCAGAAAGGGGCAAGUCUGGGGAGACGUGGUGGUGGAUGUUGAGACGUGCUAGUGGUUUCUAUGCUGGCUGCACCAUACUUGGCACUCUGCUACCAAAAUUGAUUGAUUUUUUUUUUUUUUUUGGCUUUGAUUUAUUUGACCUGGUUGCCUGUGGCUGUCUCCCUCAGUUAAUGUUUCUAAUGAUAAGUCCUGCUAGAACCUAGGGACUGCUAAUGUUAACCACUUAUUUACCAGGCAGGCAAACCAUUUAUUGGGGUAACAUGUCACUUGUCAUUGGUAGUGAAUAGCCUUCCAUUGCGAAAGGAAUUAUAAUUAUUAUAUAUUUUUUUUUUUUUAGACCUAGCUGGGAAAAUCAACAACUUGAGAUUUGUUCCCCACACCCCCCUCGAACAUUCUAAAUUAAACUAUUUUAGAAGACCGAAGAUGUUUUCAGUGCGGCUCUUGUGAUAGACUGCUGCAUUAAACUGUAAUUUCGCUAAAGUGAAAAUUCAAAUUUAAGGUCGUAAUACCCAAACUGGUAAAUGAGGGAAUCUCCUAAUUUAGCCCUGCUCCCAGAUUGUAUAAUUGUAUCCUUUAAAUUUGAAAUUCACUUGGAAAUCUUACUAAAGUGAGUAAUCAUGUAAGAAUUUUGUUGUAGACCGUGCAUAGAAAUGGUUGCAAAAUGAUUUUAAUCUUGAUGAAAUUUUGUAAACCUGGAAAUAAAAUAUUUCAUUAUCACAUCUGUGGCUGAAAGGCAUUAAAUAAUUGUACUCCUCAUUCAUGAUGGAUGGAAACAUUAUAUAAGUGUAUAUGCCAAUGUAUCAGAGGUGCUUAUUUUACCAUCUUGAUUAGGGGGGGCUCUCACUAUGGCCACAUUUUAGUCCUAAUUGGCCAUUUAGUCCAGUCUCAGCAUGUCACUUGACCUUUGACAUUAAAUGUUGCUGUGCCCAAUCAAGUACAAACAUAUGUUUUCAAUCCAUGUGGGUUUCUUUGUCUCCUUGCGGCUUUAUACAUCCUGCCUGGAAGGUCUGUCUCAAACACAAGGGAAUAAAAUGUUUGCAUAUCUCAUGUAGAAUCAAAAAAUACAAAUCCUAAUUAACAUGUGUUUUGAUCUAUAACAUAUGGUGAUCAAACAGGAACAUAACUGGUUAUUUCUAUUUUGAAGUUUUUUUGUUUUUUUUCUUCUAUAAAACAUAUGUAGAUCUUUAACUAAAAAAAAAAGUAUUGCACUUGGUUUGAACUAUUGUAAAUAUAUUGGGAUUGCAUGUAACUAAAGCUGCAGUUUUGAGUUGUUUUUCAAAUGUGUUUUUAAGGCUUGUAUAUUUUGGACAGCAAACAUUUUUUGCUGAAGGAAUUCUGAGCUUGCCAUAUUAGUUACAGAAACAAGCAUUAUGUUGCAGGACAUUCAGUCGUUCAUAUAUUUGAAACCGUGAUGUGCUUUUACAAGUACAUCCAGGGCUGUUAACUAAACUCAUUUAUUGAGAGAUAUAUGGCAACAUUUGCACUAAAGUAGCUUAUUUGUAAUAAGUAUCCAACGCCGCUGUAUUCUGUAUAGGCAUUGUUAGCCUCAAUUUUGUAAUUUUGGUUUCUUUUUGCUGUAAGUAACAGUUUAGUGAAUAUUCCAAAAUGCCAUAUGUAUCUGGUUAUUUGAUCACUGUACAUCUGUUGUACAAUAGACCAGGGCUCAAAAUAUCACUCUACUAGCCAUAGACCAGCCAAAAUUCAGCCAUGGUGAGUAGAAAUUUACCUCUAGUCAGUGUGCUAUCUAGGUGUGCAUUGGCUAUCAGCUUUUAGAUCUGGCUAGUAGUGUAGGAUUUCAAAUAUUGAGCCUUGCAAAUAGACCAUGCACUAACGCUGUGCUUUUUGCUAUAUUUUGUAUGGCCUUCUGGAAGAUGUGUAAACAAAAUAGGUUUUGGUGGUGACAGUGGGUUUUAUUUCUUUAUUUUCAAUGUACACCAUUCUAGCAAGGGUGCAAUAGAUUUAUCAAUCUUUAACUCGCUUUUCCCUUCUCUAUUUUUUUUUUUUUUUCCACCUACCUGUACGGUUUGAAAGCAGGAGAUGAUUUUACAUUUUCAACAACUUUACUUUACGUGUGACAGAGAUUUUCUUUCCUGUAUGGGCAGGUAAUCAUAGCCAGUGUAUAAAUGGGGAUGAGAGAGGCUUUAUGAAUUAGAUUUUAAACUGCAAAAUGCAUGAAAAUAAAAACGUUUAUACUCUAUUCUGGUGUGGAAGGGGUUAAAGGGACAUUAAAGGAACUCAGACCACGUAAUUGAGAUCAUGUGAUCUUGGUGCAGUGCCCCUGUUAAUUUACUCCUGCAAUCUAAAACAUUGCUGUUUAGUUGAUAUGAGUAUGUUUUUCAUUUCAGAGCUAAACACUACUGUAGGCCAGAGGCAGACAUUUGGCACUCCAGAUGUCCACAUCUCCCCUGAAGCUUUGCCGACGUAAUGUCUUUAAGGGGAUUAUGGGAGAUGUAGUCCACAACAUCUGGAGUGCCAAAGGUUGCCUACCCUUGCUCUAUACACCAGAGUGUGUUUUUGUGGCAGCAACUGAGUUUAACUCAAUUAUGUUUUAUCCAACAUCAUCAAAUGCUGAUUAUAGUGAUGUAUUGCAUUCUUUGCUUCUCUGUGAGUAGCAUUUGAAUGGAGGAGAAUAGCAUUAAUACACAAAAACUGCUUCAUUAACUUAAAAUUGUUUUGGUGACUAUAGUGUCCCUUUAAAUUCCGAAAUGUGUGCACUUUUGAAUAGUUACCAGAAUUCCUUCUGUAUUCUGUAGUGGACCACUUUUCAUGUGCUGCCCAUCAACGUGUUAUGUGUUCAGGGAUGCAUGGUGAAUCUGGCAACCCUGGUUUUUGGAGAUAUUUGUAAAUAAUUUAAAUCUGUUUGCUGGCAGGUGUAUUUCCUAUUGUAUCUUCUAGCAGUGGUUUUUCCUUUUGUUAUCCUAAUCUAACCUGAAUCUUGCAGUCUCUGAAGUACAUUUUUAUGUUACAAUUGUGUUGCCCUGUGCUAUGCUGCUGUUUAGGUUCUGAUCUUUUGUGGUUUUGAAGGUCUUACCCACCCCCUUUUCUUUAAUUUUCUUUCUCUUUAGUAACAUUGAAAUCUCUGUGGGAGGUCUGGACUUCCGCACUUCAUGUUUCUAAUUAUGUGCCUAGGAUAAACGCUAAUCCAUAUGUACAUGUGUUAUAAACAUGACAUGCACUCAACCCCCAUAGGCCUUUUUUGAGUUUGGCAAAACAUAAUUCACAAAUACAGGCAAAAUGUCUAAGCCGUACAAUACAUGCAGGCUAUAAUCUAUGUAUUAGAAUUCUUAUUUUGUUACUAUCUUGACCUGUAUCUGCUGUUGGAUUACCCCUUUAAGACAGUCUUUUGUUGUCCUGGUGUUUUCUCCUACUGGUUUACAAUACUUAAUUAGUAUUAGUUGCAGAUGUUUGCAUUGUUAGCAUAAUCUCAAUCAUUGCCCUUUUAAGGAGGGGGCAGGGGGGGAGGAAGAUGUGCACAAAACGCCUAGUAGAUGUUAAUAUGGUCAUGCUUUUGUUUUUGCAUAAUUAAAAUUAAUUUUAAAAAAAAAUUUUAAACCCAAACCCCUUCCUUAUGGUUUUGCAAUUUUAUUUAUUGUUUGCAAUUCUGCGCUUAUUGAAUAGCUGUCAUAUAUGUUGGUACAGGGGUAAUUGUGAUUAAAGAUUGGAAGUAUUGUCAAGUAAUCUGGUCAAUAACAAAGUAGCAUUCAACUAGCCACUCUCCAGUGUGCCACUAUGAAAUUCGUGCUGCAUUUAUAAGAUGUGGUAAAAUAGACCUCUUAUAUUUGCAUAGAGGUGGCCAAUUCUCUGCCAUAUAGCCAGCAUUCUGGAGAAGCUUUAGGGGAGUAUGUGGAAAUUUUCUAAGGGGUUUGGUACCAGUGAGUGUGAAUCUUAAAGCUUGUUUCUUGGUACUUCGUGCAUAUGGAGGAUUUAUGUGUUUAUGUCUUUAAUUCUCAAGAGAUUGCAGGUUCAUUGAGAUCAGAAAUCACAGUAUUCUUGCCAGCGUGAAUGUUGGGCUUUCCAAUAUUGCCGUCAGGGGAGAAGGGAUGGAGGAUAUAGAAAAUCUCGCUAUCUAAUGGGACCAUGUCUUAAGGAUAGGAGAGACCGUAUGAUGGCUCCCUGCAGUCUUCACCUGUGGAUGUGGUGGCAACCAGGGAAGGGUAAAAGCACAUAGUCUCAAAUUCUGUGUAAAUCCAUAUUUUCUAGGGAGAAGAUAUAGACAAUUGUAUGAUGUGUUGCAUGUGGAUCACAUUAUGGUAUAUAGAUAUGUAGGGUAAUCCUAAUUCCACCUUCUUUUAGGUUGUGUAAGAAUACUACAUUUUAAUCUCGCUUUGCGAUUGUUCCAGAAAUGAAGGCGCUUUGUAUAAGGGAGAAAAAACAGGUUGGGAUUACUACAGGCAACGUGUGUAAAUGAUGUAGAAUUCAAGGGAGGAUAUUUAAUCUUAAGAGUUAGUAUUCUAUUUAGGCAUGUUAUAUGUGGGAGGGCCCAGUUUUUUGUAAAUUUUUUGAAGUCUGUUGUAGGAGUGGCGUGAAGUUAAGGUCAAACGUUUUGGCCAAGUUAGAGAAUGGUUUAGUUCCCAGGUAGGUAAUGGAGUCCUUAACACAUUUACAUGGAAUAAGCAAAAACAAUAUUACAAGAUUUAUCGUGGUUUUUGAGUGGAGCGCUAAAAAUAUUGCAUGCAAUAAUUGCUUACCUCUAAUAAACUGAUGCAAAGAAAAAUAAAACCAAACUAGUGCAGAUGGUAUUUUACAACGUGCAAAUGUGCAUACGCAAUAUAGGAGGCUGCACUCACAAUUUUCAUAGCCUGAGUGAUAAGGCUCUUCAGAAGAAUUCCACUCUCAAGGUAAGUAAGCAGAGACAAGAUAGGGGAUAAUGGUGUAGUGUAUCUAUAUAAAUAGUGAGCUUAAAAUCAGUAUAUAAAACUCUCACCUUACUUUAGAGCUUUGUAUUGCCUUGGCUUUAAGGUGGAAACACUUGGUGUCAGAUUGUUAGGUGACACCCCCAGACUGGAACCUGGAGCAAGAUAGAUUACCAGUUGUGCUAAAAAUUGGAUAUCUAUUAGAUAAAACCAUAAAUGCAAACAUUUAAAACACAUGCAAUAUGCACCCAUCACAUUGACUUCUUUUUGAGUUAUUCUUGUCUUUCACAUUUACACGGAAACGUGGAGUUUCACAAGUUUAACAUUCUACAUCUCUAAGUAGGUGACAGGCAUCCUUUUGAUCUACAGAAACUAUUUUAAUGUGUUUUAUUAUUAUUAUAAAUUCCGUAGCGCUGUACAAUGGUUUAUUUUUAUUUUAUUUAUUUUUUUAAAAUUAAUUUAAUCAUGCAUAUAGGGUACACGUAGGCAAGCAAUGCCCCAACAGCUGUUGCUAGCUUAACAUUCAACAUUAGAAAACAUUUGUUGGCAUCUAUUAACAUAGCACUUUUUAUAUUUUAUAAGUACGUUAUACAAGACAUAUAUCAGCCAGUGAGCCCCUUGUGGGUGUGGAAAGAGUGGAAGUCAGUUUGGUGAUACCCACAAUGGGGUUGUGCCUCCUUCCUAUAGACUGUGUGGUGCAUUAGAGUUGGUUACCCGGCAGGAGGGGGGUGGUAGGGAUUUGUUAGCGAGAGUGUUUACUCUGCCAUGCGGUGUGUUGGGCAACAGUUAACAAGUGUUAAUACAUCCUCUCUUUGUGCUUUCGUAGUGCUUGCGUAUGAAACUGCUUGGGUUGAUCACAUAAUAGGCUAAUGGACUUUGCAAGUAUAUUACGGGUUGCGCAAUAAGAAAAAAUUAAUUUUUUUUUUUUUUAGUAGAUUUGAAACAUAAACAAAGGAGAACAUAGAUGUAUAUAAGAUUAAACAUUCUCUAACUGUGGUAGACAUGGUGUGUGAUGAUGGUGGAUUACAAAAGUCCCCUUGGGUGGUUGAGCUUCUGCUCCCUCAAGUGGGUGAGCUGUUAGGUGAGACUCUGUGUUUUCCUCUCGGGGUAAAUUCCAGAAUGGUAGCUGGGUUCAGCUGGGACAGUCCUGUUCCAGUUGGCGGUAAGGCCCGGCAUACUCCUGUUGAUUGUAGGUGUGCUUCCAGCUCCUGAUAUGGUUUAGGUAGCCGGAACAUACCAUCUAGCUUCAGGGAUUUUGCCAGUUUUGGUGGUAGCAAGCCUCCAAUGAAGCACUGUAUGUAGUGGGGCAGGUCAGCAAUGUCGACAGUCAGGUAUCCCCUUGACUUUCAGAUUUGUAUCGCCUUCUCUGAUCCUCCAUAGCGUCUAGCCUAUCUGAUGUGGCUAGUUGCUGCCGUGCCAAGUCUGCUACCUGCUGUUCCACCUUGGUGAUUCUGGUGUCGUGGUUACUGGAGUUGGCCUCCAGCUGUGAGAUUUUUGAUGCGGCCCCUUCAAUGGCCUCUUUAAAGCAAGCCAUGUAAGUUGCUAGGUCUUUGCGGAGAUCUGCCAGCAUCCUUUUAAUUUGGUCUGCAGUGACCUGGUCCCCGGUCUUCUGUGGUGCUGUUUUGCAGUCUGUUGUGGGCUCAAAGGGUGUUCCUUCCAGGAGGUCUGAUGUGAACUCCUCCAAGGAGUAGGAGGUAAGGUCGCCGGCAAGCGCCAUUUUGGACCACGCGGCCUGCUGCGAGUUCUGCAGCAUGUCUCCGAUGUCUCUCCCUUGGGAGCUUUUGUUCGCUUUUGGUUUUUUUUGUUUGUUUUGCGGCCCAUAUUGUGUCUGCCGGCUGUAGUGAGGUUUGUGGGGUAUUUGAGCCCUGGAUUCCACCAUAAAAGCCUCGUUAGGGUAAGUUAGAGCUGGUGCUCCGAGAUUUGCUACCGCUUUGUUGCACUGCUAGCUCCGCCCCCCUGUACAAUGGGUUCUUGAUGACCAACUAGGCAAUUGUGAAUGGUUGUCUCCACAGGCACACUAUAUCAGUAAUGGUAGGUAUGACUUCUUUCUACUCUUGUCUCUUUUUAAUCUUAAAGUAUCUUUGUCAGUUGUGGGACAUUUGCAAUUUUAUUUAUUUUCGGUGUGUGUGUGUGUGUGUGUGUGUGUGUGUGUGUGUGUGUAUAUAUAUAUAUAUAUUUUUAUAUAUAUAUAUAUAAUGUGUGUCUGUAUCUCAUGCAGAAUAUUUAAACUACAUACAUAUAAAUGUUCUCAUAAAAAAAUGUUUAUAUCCAGAUAUACUGUCCCUUUAAGGUAGUUUAUUUUUUUUUUUUAUUAUUAUUUAUUUAUUUAUUUAUUUAUUUUAAGGGUCUUGACUUUAUGGGGUUGAAUGUAGUCCGGACUGACAAAUUUUAAAGUAAAAAAAACACAUGGAUUUUUUAUAUUUAUUAAAGGCAAAUUUGGGUGAGAAUUAGUUUUACUAACAAAAUGAGCACAUCUCAUUUAGUACAAUCCAUUGUCUACUUUUAAGAUUUACUCGAAGUACCAUAACCACCUCUGCACAUUCUAACAUUCAGUCCUCUGCUCAGCAACCUGCCUUGCGGCCUCCGGGCUGAUUUGCCAUUAAAUGCAAUUCAUGAAAAAUGCCCAGUUCAAACUCCAAAGUUGAGGUUCAACAUACUUGCUUUUUUCCAGUGCACAAACUCUAGCGACGUUGCUCACCUCUCUACCUCUCGUGGCAUCAUCGAGAGGGCAUGACCUUCUCCAGAAAUGAUCCUUAUUGGAGACCUGAUGCAAUGCAUUUCAGUGCAAUGGAAUCACCUCUAGUAGCUGACAACCCUGUAAUGUAAUCCAAAACAACAAUAUUUUACAUUGCUAAAUUUAAAACGAAAGGAUUCACAGGUUGAGUGUUCUGGGUCAUUAUAGUGGUCCUUCAAACCUUUCGUUUGCAUAACUUUGACCAAUCUCGGCAGAGUUGCUCAACCAAACAAUCUAUAUGUCCACCAGGGUUUAAAAAACUUGAUAUUUGGUUACCACAUGGAACUGCAUUGGUCCUUACACUGUGACUUUUAAUUUGUUUGGUGCAAAUCGAUAUUUGAGUAAAUGUUGGCAUUGGCUUUUUUAUUUAACAUUAUACCAAAUUACCAUUUUCUGCUCUGUCCUUAGCAUAUUGUUGAUUGAUUUUUUUUUUUUUUAAAGUUACAAUCUUUGAUUUGAUGUCCUGCGUCAAAAUUAAGACAACUGUUUCUGCUGAGAGAAUACGUUAUAUCUUUUUGAAAGAAAAAAAAAAAAUAUCCCCCUUUUUUACUGAUUCAUUUGUUGGGUAAUUGUUUAACUUGCACGACUUUUGUGAUUUGGGGUCUACGUUUUGUCUAAAUUAGUCAAGUAAUGAUCGUAGCAGAGUUAGAACUUUUCUAAUCCAUAUGUCUUAAAGAGUACCAGGGUCCUACGAAAUAGGAAAACAAUUUGAUCUUCAAUAGAAAUUUGCAGUCUGCAUUCUUCUCCUGCAUAUGGUAAUCCAGGGACCCAUGUGUUUUAUGAACUAUAAUUCUCAUGAUGCUCUUAUGGCUCGAGGUUUGAACUCAUUCACUGUAAGUCCGAUGCUUGCUCCAAGUGGAAAUUAUUCCAGUUUUACAAAACUCUGUUAAAGAAAUUCACGUUUGUGAAAUAUUUCUCAUGAUGCUGCUUCAGUCUCAAACAUUAGCACUGCCUCAUGGAAAAUGUCUGGUUUCUAGUUGAACGUUACAUUUACAUAGUGGGUUACACACAAGGGUUAAAGGGACACUAUAGUCACCUGAACAACUUCAGCUUAAUGAGGUUGUUCAGGUGAGAACUAUAGCUCCCUGCAGCCUUUGUCAUGUAAACACUGUAUUUUCUGAGAAAAUAGUGUUUACAUUGAAAGCUAUGAACACCUCCAGUUGCAGUCACUCAGAGAGAACCAGAGGGACUUCGGAGUUGAUGGAGGCAUAAUAUGCCUCCAUCCACUCAGAUCUGCUCUCAGCAGAGCACAGGGCAGCACUGUGCACAGCGUCCUGUGAUUCAGUAUUUUCUACCUCUGCAUGCAGACACUGAACUUUCCUCAUAGAGAUUAAUUGAUUAAAUUCAUCUCUAUGAGGAGAUGCUGAUUGGCCAGGGCUGUGUUUGAAUCAUGCUGGCUCUGCCCCUGAUCUGCCUCUUUGUCAGUCUCAGCCAAUCCUAUGGGGAAGCACUGUGAGCAGCUUCAGGCUUGAAUACAGUAAGAUUUUGCUAUAUUUAUGGAGCCAUGAGGGGCCAUGCAGAGCGUGGAGACGCUGAACUGAAGUGCUGCCUACUGUGCAGCACUGAGCCAGGAAGCAUCUCCAGUGGCCACUUGGAGGUGUCCCUAGGGGCAAUGUAAACCCUACCUUUUCUCUGAAAAGGCAGUGUUUGCAUGAAAAUACCUAAAGGCAAUGAUUAUACUCACCAGAACAACAUUUAAGCUGUAGUUGUUCUGGUGACUAGUGUCCCUUUAAGUCAUUUCAUUUAACUUGUCAUGAUUUUUGUUGUGUUUUUUAUUUUAAUUUUUUAUAAUAUUUUAAAAUAUAGUGUUUAAACUUAGCUCAAAUUCCCUUUCCUGUCCGACAUUAUCUGAACAGAUUCCGGAUGGAUAGCAUUAGUCUUGAUGAUUAACAAUCAAGUUGAUGCAAAUCAGAGUAAAAACAAGAAAUUGCCUGCAGCCAUUGUCUGCGCACCCAUCUGCAACUGCCGGAAACAUGCCAAGAGGCCUUACAGUAAUUGUUUACAGCUUAUUCUAGUAUUUGCAUGCUCGCAGUCCCAAACUUGCUAAGUAAUUCCAGGCUCCUUCCUAUUCACAAGUUUACUUAUUGUACACAAGACGCUUUUUGAACUGGAAUUUAAGAGCGUAUUUGUACAAGUGUUUUAUGUAUCUUUCCAAUGCUUCAGAAUUUUAAUAUAUUGGCAUGCAGUGAUGGAGAUCUGGAGAUCCCAGCCAAACUCUUCCACUUAAAGCCAUAGAAAGAAGAAGUGUACAUGUGACAAUAAGAUUGCACGUGCAUUAAAUUCACCGGGAGCCGUAUGCAUAGUCAAUCGUGGAUGCCUGCUAGCAUUGAUUUCUGUUUCGUAUUCUGUGAUGACAAAGUAAUAAGCAUUUAAAUAUACUCUUUGGAGCUGUAAAAAUGAGUGGAAGGAGGAUGUAUAAAGGUAGGAAACGGUUUUCCCCCUUCUACAGCUAUUGAUUUACUAUAAUAAUUACGCUAUUUCAAAGAUUGUUUGCUAAAUACUGUAUGCCGUUCAACGGAUGAACCCAGAUUGCAUUGACCCCCUUCCAGAAAAAAUGCAAAAAGUGAUAGAUAAAAUACUAACCAAUUGCUUGUCCACUCCUAUGAUCUCUUCCCCCCCCCCCCCCUUUUUUUUUUUUUUUUUAUAAAUCUUGAUAUGCUUUAGCAUAGGAGGAUCAGCCAUGAUGUGCGUUGACUUGUGUUAAUGGUCUGUAAUUUCUGCCAGAGAUAGAAUCAGAGUCUCCUUGAAACACCAUAAUUAAAGUUUCAAGUAGUGCCAGAAAAAUGCAGGAAAUGAUGGCACUUAAAAUACUUGGCAAUUUCUUGCCCUCUCUCCUCUUUUCUCCUUUUAUUUACAGUUUGUGGUUACAUCUAAUUUUUCUUCUGACCGGUACCGAAGCCCCAAUAAAGUGUGGUUAAAUGCAACGAUAAUAAGAGACUUUGCAUAGAGGUUCUGAUUAUUUUUUUAAUUGGUUGAUUAUAAAGGUGUAAGUUCUGAGAUUCUGAGAAUUUGACUUUUUGAACUAAGAAUGUAGUUAAGCUGUUUAAAUGCUAUAAAGUCACAAAGCUUAUAGUGGAUCUCUCAGUUCUCGGGGUAUUUACAUAUUUUACAUAGACCUUGGAAAGGUACAUGCCCACUUGGUGUGUGACAACCUGGAGGAGAGGCAAAUGGAUGAUAUUCUUACCUAUGGCUCUCCUUUGUCACUGUUUAUACGCUCACACGUUCAGGUUUUUGGAAAUAGCAGAAUCCUCCGUAGAACUUGUAAUUUUCAAGAAUAUACAUUUUUCUACAGGGACAACCUCAGCCUUUUUAUUUUUUUUAUUUUUUUUUUUUAUUUAUUCCCUCCCCAACUCCUUUCCAACUCUUUUCCAAAAAAUUUGUUUGGUUUCUAUUCAGAAAUGUCCUAAUUUUGAAGGACAUUGAAACGGCCUGAAUUUAGUCUGGAUUUAAGCCAUAUCGAACCCCGUUGAACGUCUGGAAUUCGGACUAGAUACUUCAAAUCCGAGCCCAAACUUUAAAAUAUCCGAACUAUUUGCAGCUUGCUGCCAUCGGGCAAAUAAUUUUAAAAAAAAUCAACAAAAAAACCCAAAAACCUCAGCAGGGUUAGCCUUCGUAAUCCGCUGCCACGGAUUUAAAAUGAAUCAAAAUGCUAUGGGGGGUUGGGGGGUUAAUGUAUUAUUGUGAAGGAGGUUUAAAACCUCUCUAUGCCAACCUUCAAUGGGCAUGUUGUAGGAUAUCUCCUUAUCUGCCAGGAGACAAAUAGUACUUAAAAUAAUUUGUUUGCGGGAAAACAAGUUAACUAUAAUGUGCAAAUCCAGCAUUGUGAAUAUUCCAAAUCCUAUAUUUUGUAUAUACUACUCAAAUUUGAAAGCACAGAUUUUUAUCCGGACACCAAAUGCAUCAAUGUUAUUGCUGCAGAUUUGACUGAGCUGUCCGAAUUCCAAACACAUUUGGCUCUAGUAAAUAUGAGAAUUGCCAUUGCAGUCGGAAUUACUGUGAAAGCACUUGUGUUAGGAUAUGUGUUCAUUACAUAGGAAUUGUGGCUCUGUCAAUGUAAGUAUUUAUUUCAUAUACUACUCAGGUUUUAUGCCAGCGAAAGACACACAAGUGUCAGAACCACGCUAUUUGUUGGGCUAGGACUGGAGCAUCUUUUGCGUCCCCAUGCCUAUCUACGUUAAAUCUUCCAAAACCAAGAGAAAAUUAUAAUUGUAUUACAUAAUUUUCACUUUUCAUGUUAGUAGACUGCAGAAUGAUGAGAUGUGCAACAGUACCCGUUUUUAAUAUGUUUAGAAUAUAAUGAACAGUGUAUUAUAUGACCUAAUGCCACUAAGCAAUGAGACAAAAAUAGUAUAUUUUCUAAACUUAGAUUCAGCUUUCAACGUCCCUUGAGGUUGUGUGUUUUUAUAAUAACCUGUUGAUCUAGAUGAGAACUGUUAUCAUAUCUAUUGGACUGAAUCUCCUAGUCGUUUGAAUGUUUGCCCUAUGAGUUACGUGACAGGUGACAAUACUUUAACAUCUCCACAUUAAAAAGGUUGGCUUGCACUUAACUUCCUCAUGGUGGUGAUGGCAAUUAUCCAGCGUAAUUACUAAUUAGCAUGUCUGUAGUUAGUCAAUAUAUAUUGGUGUGUAGGUGUGAUUCAAGCCUGCAAAUUUUAUACAUGCUCCAUGCCACUAUAUUCCAUUUCAACAGUCCUGUGCUACCCAUCUGGGUUAAUAUCCUAAAAUAUAAAUGAAAAGGUGAAUCUCUACAUAUUUAUUUAAAAGUUGGUUUCCCAAAGUAGCUUUUAUUUCUUUAGAUUUCUGAGCCAUGGGGAGUGGGAAGGGGGGGGAUCCAUUAAAUGUUUUUCAGGAUUGUGACACUCCCUCUGUUCGUUUCUCAUGUGAGAUCAUCAAUCUUGCUAACCUCUCGUCCAGUUAGAUACUUCUCAUAGUAAUUGCCAAUUCAGUGCUUCACAGAGAAGCUGUGGUGACCUUGAAGACCUAGACUCUAGUCAACUGUUUGUCUGACGGCAACUAGAGGCAUGUUUUGGACAAGCGUAAACUUGGCUGUUUCGCAGAAACCACAUUUACAUUGCCCAAGAAGAGGGACAGCAUCCAAACACCAAAACCAGUAUUCUACAUGUGUUAUGGUGCUUAGGGUCCUUUUAAAUACAGUCCAUUAUCAGAAAAGUUUAAUCACAAUUGAGACCUUUUCUCAUGUCGUUGUUUUGAAAGGUACAUUCAGAAUUGUAAAACACUAUGACUGGCAAAACAGUGCCAAAGACUCAGAAAACCUGACUCUGUGGGGCCACCAGAAUUUGGUAGUUCUGCUUAUCUAGAUGUGUCUAUGUUGUAAAAUAAACAUUUUUAUAGUGUGCCCUUUUAUUGAGGAAUGUGUGAACAGAUUGACUUCUAAAACCCUUCUUGUGAUGCCAUGUAACUGAAGUGUAAUUUUAAAGGGAAUCUUUGGGGACACUUUCAAUCGUUGAGGUCUGUCCCAGUUGCUUUCUAAAGACUGUAAUAGAUACGUUAGUUGGCUGGCUGUUUCUAGAAUUCUGGACAGUCUCAGACAGAAACAUAAAUACAGUUUGAAUUUCUAAUAAUAAAAUCUAUAUUUUUAGAUCUUCUAGUUUUAUAGAGGAGUACACUCAUGGUCGUAUUUAAAGAAACAAAACAAACAAGGUCUGUGCUGCCUUGAUACAAAGCUAUUUAAACUUUGCUUUGUAAAUGUCUGUCAAAUUGUGUUGAAAUCCACAAUUUAGUGUUGCUAAAUGGAAGCUUGCUUUUAGAUGUCAAAUGUAAUUUCGAGUUGUAUAGUCUUUUUAAAUAUAUCGUCUGACAGUAUUGUGGUUAUGUUGUGUACCAAGGCAAUGAAACCAGACCUAAAAUUCCACCUAUUUAUAGAUUAGGGAUGGGAGUAAUUGAUCAGUGUGAUUGGUAAGAUCAUUGCUUUCUGCGUUACUAUACUAAAUAGCAAUGUUUCUUUCGCCUGAUGACUUUUAAAGGAACACAAUAGUGUUUGGAAUACAAAGCUGUAUUCCUAACUUUAUAAGAACCCUCUGCCUACCUCUCCCUCGGUGCUCGGUUGGUCUCCGCCAAAGUCAGCUGAUUUGGGGAGGGGGGUCUAAUGUGCAUUUGUGGCAAGCAUCACGCCCAUUAACCUUUUCCUGUAGGAAUCCAUUGAAUCAAUGAUUUCCUAUGUAGAUUUGAAGACGCUGGACUUAAUAAUGUAAAGUGUGAGGAGUAGGACACCUUGUGAAACUCUAGGGUGCGCCUCUAGUGGCUUUCUGAUAGACAAUGAGAUGAAGUGGUCUUGGUGUAUAUAGUGUCUUUUUAAUCUGAUUUGAUCACAGAUUAGGAGGACAUUAUAGGCUAGGUAUACAAUUUUGUAUUGCUAGCCUAGAGUUUCCCUUUAAGAAUAAAAUGGUCUACUUUGUGGGCCUCUUAUGUUUUGUAACAUUUUUUUCUGGAGACUUUUUUGUGAUAAAAUGCUGGCGUGAAAAUGGCCUCCAUUCAUGAGGGCCUUUCUCUCUCCUACAAAAAAGUAACAUUCGCUAUAUUGUUAAAAUGUACGGAAAUACACAUACCUGUACUCAAGAGCAUACUAUAGAACCAAAGCACACAGUGUGUGUGUGUGUGUAUGUAUGUAUAUGUGUGUGUGUAUAUAUAUAUAUAUAUAUAUAUAUAUAUAUAUAGAGAGAGAGAGAGAGAGAGAGAGAGAGAGAGAGAGAGAGACCUUCGUUUCUACCUUGCUUACAAGAAUGGUCAUGUUUACAAGGUUACCCUUUUUACAUCUUUACAGACCCUUGUUUUCCCCUUUCCUAUUGUAUCUGUCUGCAACAAUUGCGGAUUAUUGCUGUGCUCCAAGCAUCCAUAUCCUUCUAGAAUGAAGAAUCAAUGGGAUCUACAUGUCUCAACACCAGCACAGUGCUCUUCAAAAUAGUUAAUCACCAGGUGCAAGUCCUGGAGAUGCAUGCUGCUCCCCCUGCACAAUGAUAGUUCCAUAUGUAUUUUGUUGUUUUCUUACAGACUUUCUCAGACAGACAUGACUUGUACAGUUGGAAUGGAGUUCAUACACCUUAUAUUUUGUUUGCACUGUAGUUUUAAUAUGUACCCACUCUGUUUGUUCUUUGGAUACAAUUCACACCCUAGAGAUAUAUUGUGUUAUAGUAUUAUUCUUUCUUCAGAGGAUGUUUCACUCUAGUUAUGUUUUAAAGCCUGUGUCUUUUCCAUUAUUCUUUAUUAAUACUUAGAGACUCAAAUGACCUGGUUCUCCGCAGACCAGUUGUGGUACUAAUUGUCUCCUUUUGCCUUUUAUAACUUUUAGUAUGUACUGUUAAGCCGGUAUGCCUCCCCAUCUCACAUCAUGAUUUACUUUUUUAUAUUUAUCUGUAUAAUUUUUUUUUUUUUUUUUCCACUUGUACCAUUACAAAGAGAAAGUAGAUCUAUAAGAUUAAAUGGAUCUCACCUCUCAAAGACAGUCCAAUGCCAAAAUGCUUGCAAACCUGUCUGUAUGAAUGACAAAGCAGAUAUCCUUGCCAUUCAUUUUGAUCAUCUUUGGGCCUGGUCAGUGAGGUGUAGCUAAUAGAUAUCUAGGCACAGUGAGUACGUUGUCCGUAAUUAGAUUUUUGGAAGACCAUAGGCAAAUGAGUCAUAAACCGAAAAUAUAAAAUGCUCAAUGGCUCCUUUUGUUAGUGAGACUAGUCUAAUAAAAAUCUGGCCUAGGUUCUGUCUGGAAGGGCAUAAGUGAGCGAAAACUUGUUUGAGAUUAACUGUAGGGCAGGCUAUGAAGUUUUCAGUUCUCUCAUAUCUGCUUUUUAUUUUAUUUUUUUAGUAGCUCUUACUUCUUCACAUCAGAUUUCGGAAUGUUUUAUUAUUCCUGAAUUUAUUACAUCAUGCUGAGCUGACAGGAAUUGUUAUUCUAUCACAGAUUUAUAAACUUUGAUCAUGGAAGCUUUUACACCACUUUAGUACAUGAUCUUAAAGAGAUCUCCCCAUCCAUAAAGAAUAUUCUCAUUUCUUUUCUAAUGGAGGCACAUACCGUUAAGUGAUGCUGUAGCCAGUUCCUAAAGCAGUUACUUGUGACAACUGGUCAAUUUCUUUCAUAAGCAGCAGAGAUUGCAUCUUUCUCUGUAAACCUGAAACUAGUAAAAUACAAUCUGAUUUUGACUUUAAAACUUUGGAAAUGCUAUACACCUUGUAUCAGAGAUUCCCAAAUUUCAAGUGAAACUAAACUUGCUAGAAUGUCUUAUUGUGGUUUCCAUGCAUUUAAACAACAACAAAAAACACACCUUUCCUUAUAAGCUACAUAUGCGUAUAAAGCCUUGUGUAAAGUGACCGUCUCGGAGGGGGGACCAGCAUAGCACAUACUCUUUCAUAGUUUCAGUAAAUCGCUUGCACAUCCAGAAAUGAGUGUUCUUCUUAAAAGGUGAAUUAAAUCCCAUGCAAGCUAACUGAAUCUGUGCUGCAGAUUCACAUAUAUUGUAUUGUUUUUUUCUGUAUUGGACUGUAUAGCUUUCAGUAGAAAGCAGAACGAUAAAGGGUAUUUAAAAUAUAAAAUAAAAAAAUUUAUUUAAAAGGGGUUGUGCGGUGGGUGUGUCCCUUUAACAGUUGCCUGUGACCUUUUAUUUAAUCUACAUCUUCUUUAACCAUUUUCAGUAGACCGUAGAUACAUUUACAGAUUCUUUUUGUCCUUAUCCUACACUUAAAUUCUGGUAAGACAUUACUAAAGUCUAAUCUUGCUAAAGGUUACAAGUUAGUGAGUAAAAAAAUAGCAUUACUAGUCCAUUGUAUAAAAAAAAAAUUGAUUGUGUUAUGAUGCACGUUGGUGAACAUUUGUGUGUGUGUGUGUGUGUGCGUAUAACCUCGUCGCACAAAAACACGAUUUAGAUAAAAUUGUUACCACAAGAAAACGCUAAAGAGCUUCUGGAUGAGCUGCUAACUGAUGAUAAAAACAGACCAUAUUUUUGAUUACGUCUCCUUCCAAGAUAUUCUUUUGAUGUAAGGGAAUGCAUAGACAUGAUUAUUAUAACAUAUGGUAUAUAACCUUGAGAGCAGAUAGAACUCCGGGGCUAUUACAUGUUUUAAAAUUAUAAUUUUUUGCAUGUGAAAUUCUGGACGUUAAUGUGACUAGGGAAUAGAAAGCAUAGACAUUUUACUUUAUUUCCCUAUACAUGUUGGUUUCUGGAUGGCCACAUGUAUUUUAUGUUAACUUUUUUCACACAGCUGAACAAGCAUUGUACAUGGCACAAAUGAAAAACUAUAGGUAUAGUGGACCUUUUUUCCCCACCCUUCUUAAAAUUGCAAGUCAAUAAAUGUAAGUUUUUCUUUAUUUUAUACUUUUUAUGUAUUUUUUUUUUUUUUUGAUUUUUUUUGUGUGUGCAGUUUUUAUAUAAAAUUAUAUCCAUUUUGUAUGCAUUUUUAGGUUUUUGCUUCCUCUGUUUCCUUGAUCAGAAAGAAAAAUGUUUUUGUCAAAUGAAUAGCCCACCCAAUAUGUUAAAAAUAAACUUCCAGAGCUUCCUGUUUUUUAGUUUGUCUAGUUCCUAAGCAUCACAUAUUUAUUUAUAUAUUUAUUUUUUGGUCAUUAUUACUGCCUUUUGUAGACUAUACAGACAUAAGAAGCAUUUCCUAAACUGUUGCUCUUUAAAUAUUUUCUAUUAGAUCUCUUGAUCUAACAUUCCGUUCGUGUUUUUCAACCAGAUAACACAACAUAUCACAUGAUCGCUCAGAAUAGUACAGCGUUGCCAUGGUAUUCGAUGACUACCUCAUUGCAAUAUAUAUGUUGCCAAUAUGCAUAUUGUGCCAGAUCAUUAGUGCUGCCAACAGUAUCUUGGGACCAUGGAUGUGCGUUCACUUUUACUGCUUUUCACAAACCUCGUGUGUGGAUCAUGUAUUCACAACCAACCACCACCUAUCAACCAUUCAAACCUUUUAAUUGGUUGGACAUGUUGAAGAUCCUUUCCUGAUGGCUUAAUAUUUUGCUAAUCUUCAACUCCUUUGAUUUUUCAGGUGUAUCUUAUAUAUGUUGCAUAACAAAGGUUUCUUCUGUUAACAAUUCAAGAAUAUCUGGUUGUUCAAUUUAAGAACACAGACCUAAUUGAUAAACGUUUGCUAAACAAUGGAUUUUUAAUUUAUUUAUUUAAAACCAUAUCCUAGCUCAGGGCAAAUGCACAGUAUGGGUUUGAUGCAGUGGUUAUGGUUCUAGGCAGCUUAUCUUUGAAUUCUCCUUCAGUCUACACGGUACCCACUGAGCCGUACAAGUACUUGUAAGACAUGGGUAUACUGCUGGGUGUUUCAUUUUUGAUGGUGGAGUCACAUGCAGGAACUCAGCUGUGAGCGUGUUAGUUUAGGUUGCGCUGCAAAGGGAUGAGCACACUUAUCGCAAAGCUCCCUCAAAUGAAGAACAUUGUCAGGAAUGGCGUGAGCAAGUAGUGCUUUUUCAAACCAUACUUGAUGGCUUAACAGGAAGCGGUGGCCUUAGGUUGAGACCGGGUGCCACAAUUGAUCAGGAAAUGACAAAACACUGAGGGUUUCCAAUGAAAGUUCGCACUUUUUCCAAAAUACUAAUAUAUAUAAAAUAAUUUUAUUUAGUAUAUAUUUAUAUAUAUUGUGUAUAUAAUAUUGUUUGUGCAUUCUAAAUUUGCUUUUUUUGUUACUAUAAUCUCUUCAGCCCGAGUGAGUUAUCAAAUAUCUGUGAUGUCUAGAUUUUCAUUCUUGGAGGACAAACAGACUGUUUAGACAGAGUGAAAAAAAUCACCCUAAAUUUACAAUGUUUUUAUUUUUUUUAAUUUUUUUUUCAUUUUUGGUUGAGGAUAUAAAUUGGUGUCUGUGGAUACUGUGCCCAGGUUUGCAUCCAUGGUGAGAUACAGUGUACUGUUUCCCAUUCUGGAGUAUUGCAAAACAAAAUAUAAAUACCAUAAAACCAUUCAUUUCAGUGCCAGCCUUUUAACUAGUAAUAUCUUUCACAGUUAAAUCCAGAGAUUACCUCUAGAAAGAUUCCCCAUGAAUUCAAUUCCGGUGUAACUAACAAUAGACAAACCCCAGAUUCAACUCUGGUAUUCACCUCUAUUACAUUGAUAUUGUUAUAAUAUGGACUUGUUCUGGCUCCUGUUUAAGAACCAUACAGACUAUCCGAAUUCUGCCAAAUGUUGGCUUUCCUAAUCAUCGGAAACCUUAAUAAGUCAGUCCCUACUUGACAGGAGUUUAUCUAUUUGUCUCAAUGCUGUAAUGCUCUAAUGUGUGUUUGAGGCUUAUGACCAUAAGAUUUAUUUUUUGCUCUGCGCUUGAAUACCUUACCAGUAAAUGUGGUUAGAUGGUACAUAGCAGUGUUUGGUAUAAUUAAAGAUUGUGUGUUCUUGGUAUACAUCUUUAGACCUGCUAUUACAUGUCCUUGGCACAGUCCUGCAGCCUGGCAUCCUGUCUCAUUUGUUUUAUCAGUCACCAGCUGGCUUUGAUCAAUCCUGGUGUGGUCAGACUCGCUAAAAGGAGAUCCACCUGUUUUAACCUAGCCAAUAGUGUGUGUUUUUUUUUGUUUUUUUUUUAUGUGGUUCUAGACCACACAGUGCUUUUAAUAUUUGAUAAUUAAACAAUAUUAAAAAAAAGUUUUGACACUGUGCAGUUUAAAAUUAAGAUUUGUAGGUGUGAUAGCCUUUUCCAGGUAGUAAAACCUGUAAAAUAAAGUGUAAUGUACUCUACUUUUUUUAAUAUAUUUUUAAAAUUAUUUGUAGAACACAGAACUCAAGCAAUAUGUGUCCAUUGUAUCUGUAAAAGAGUCCUUUACUAAAGUGAAUUUGAAAUGUGCUUUCAAUUUGGCUACACUGGCCUUAAAUUUGAAAUUCACCUUUGAAUUCUUGGUGUAAGAACCCUAUGUCUUGGAGGGGAUGAUUAUUUAUAUAUAUUGUGUGAAGUCAAAUAAAACUUUUGUCUUGGAAUCAGGAAAAAAAUGUUUUUCCGCUUCCAUUUGUAAACAAACGCAUUUCCUGUGCAGGAGAUGUACGCAGAAAAGUCCAGUAAAAAUGACAUUUGCAUAUACAUGAUGUACUUACUGUAAGCGUUGAGGAAGCUGGCUUAGAUCUUAAAGGGACACUAUAGUCACCUGAACAACUACAGCUUAAUGUAGUUGUUCAGGUAUGAUCUAUAGCUCCCUGCAGGCAAUCUAAUGUAAACACUGUAUUUUUAGAGAAAAUACAGUGUUUACAUUGAUAGGAAUACCUUCAGUGUCCGUCACUCAAACGGCCACCAGAGGGACUUCCUAUCAUGUAGGGCCCUAAAAAGGCCCUGUACAUGUCAGAUGUAUUAAAAUACGUCUGACGUGUGCAGGAGAGAGAAGGCACUGUGUGCGCGCAUUCUCUCUCCUGCCUGUCAGCAGAGGAGAGGGGGCGGGCAAAGACCCAGCACACGGUGCACAUGUGCGUUAGUACGCUCAGGACUUCAGAGGGCGGCAUGAAUGCCGCCCUAUGAAGUAUGUGCGGUGAAGCCGCGCAUGCGCACAAGGGAGCAAUGACGCUUCCAAAUGGAAGCGUCUGAUUGCUCCCUGCUCACACCCGCCUAUUUCAUCAUUUUUACGAAAUAGGGGGUGCGGCUUCACGAGGCUCCCGGCACUGGAACCAGGUGAGUAAAAUCCUCUGCCUGGAGAGUCCCUUUAAAUUCUAACACUUGUAUACAAAGUAAUAAGAUGUGAUUAAAAAAAAAAAAAAAAAUUCAUGCAGGCUGUGUAAAUGACAGCCAGGAGAGGUGUGACUAGGGCUGCUUAAACAAAUUAGAUUUAACUCCUAAUGGUAGUGAAUGAAGUAGAAAGCCUGCAGAGGCAUAAUCUUAUCUACUCUACUCUAAAACUGCUUCAUAAAGCCAAUUUUAUUUUUGUGCUUAGGGUAUCCCUUUAAAAAAUAAUAAACUUUCUGCAGAAUAACUGCAAAAUGAAAAGAUAUGAGAUUUAGUUGGAGCUAUGUGUAGUGAAAUAUAAUUUACAAAAAUCAGUGUAAUUUACACAGAUAUAAUCUGACAUUCCCAUCACCACACACACACAUAUAAUAAAAAUAGUAAGUCUUACUAGUGUGAAAGACUGCUAUUAUUAUAAAGUCACUGAAAAUUCUCAAAAAGUUUAUGAAGUCAGGAAGUGACUAGGCUUCUACAAACUGGACAGGUUGGGUCUAUUAAGUUACAAAGUUUGCUAAGCAAACUUUAUAAAAACUGCAGAUCAAAAAUGCGCGAAUGUUUAGCACGAUUAUAAAAGUUACUCCCUUGAUACUGAUUUAUUUAGAGCUGGAUUUAAUGGCUCUGCUACCCCAAGAAUGUUUUUUUUUUUUAAUUUAUUUAUUUUUUUAAUUAUUAAUAUGGAUUGAAAAUACAUGUCCUGAGCCAUUGGAAUGAACAAACAUUUCUAAAAAUGUUGACUUUUUUUUUCUUUUUUUGACUUUGAUAUUAAAUUUAUAAACAAAAAUCAACAUGGAGUGUAAAAUGUGGGGUGGUGGAACGAGUAGUAAGUUAGAGAGAACACACAGGUAUGACUGUUUAAAUCGGUUUGCCUGUUGAAGGAAGGUUGUUAUUGAGUGUCACUGCAGGUUAUCUACAUCGAAGUGUGAUGGAUAACACAAUAGGCAUGAAAUGUAAAGCCUGUAAUGAAUCAUCAGACUAGCGUUCUUUGUUACUCAAGGAUGGAGAACUGCACGUAGGAAGGAAGCUAUAUUCUCAGAGACCUGCUGCAAGGGGCCUGCAGCCAUUCUAGUGAGGUGCUUGUCAGGCGUAAAGCUAGACAAAGCCAUGUAAAACUAUCAAAUUGUCUUUUAAGCAUCUGAAUGUUGUAAAAGUUCCUUGCGGCCACUUUAAAAAAAGUGCUAGGCAUACCUCCCAACAUUCAAAUGGACAUAGAGGGACACUUUAAUUUUAGGGGUUUGAGGGAGGAUGGCCAGUUGUGCAGUUCUAAAGGUGGUAGUAUUAUAUUUUUGUUAUUUUUUUUACAUACUAAUAAAAAAAAAAAUAGUUUAGAAAUAGAACAAUGUACCCUAUUUACACAGACUGAUUUGUCAACGCAUGAAUUGUAGUUUAAAGACACAUUGCUGUGCGUUUUAUUGCUACGGAGCUCUGAUAUAAACUCAGACACACAAACAAAUGGAGCUUCUAGAAAAGAGGGACUGAGGGAUUUGGGCCUUCAUAGGGACUGUCCAUCCUAAAUAGGGACACUUGGGACGUAGGUUUAAGUGUUUUCGUAUGUUCUCAUGUAUUGUACAUGUAGAGUCUGAAAGGUACUGGUUAGACAAUGCCACAUUUAAAUUUACAUCAAUUUAAAUCUCAUUUAUUAAACAUUACAAUACAUAUUCUAACAAAAGUCUCAAUGUAUUCCUUUCAUGUAUCUCACAGGACGUGUUUUUUUUUUUUUGGUGUUUUUUAAAGCAUUUUAGAAGACAAUACACCAUUUUGAAAUCAUUUUUCAAAGCAUUGCAAUAUUUUUUUUUUAUUUUUUUUUAUUUUUUUUCUUCAACCUCACUAGUAAAUUAGAUUUUUGUACAGUACCAUUAUUUUUUACUAGUGGUUACAUUAAGUUUUGUGGUCCAUUGAUGCUUAAAGAGAAUGCUUUAAUUUGUAUAGACCUAUAAAGUUACUUGCAGAUCUUGAUGUUUACAUACAAAACUACAUUUUUAUUUUUUUUAAUUUAGAUUAAGAUUUUGUAAAUAUAGUGCUUAACUGGCUUUUUUUUACAAAACACACCUGAUGUGGUUGGGAAGUGAUUGUUUUGUAUGCAUGAUUUUGAAAGGAAUUUGCUAUAUCUGUUUAAUAUCAAGCAUCAUGUAAAUCUAAGAAUGCUGUUAACAUGGUCCAAACAUCAAGCUUAAAACUAAAAGCUUAAAAAUUUAAUUGGUUUCAAAUGUGUUUGCCAUUUGCUUUUAGCAAGCUAAUUAAGGGGGAAAUGGAUAAUAAACAUACCUUUAUUCCAGCACCGCACCGGUCAACUGGCACUGGCUCCACCACCACUCCGUCUCCUUGGUUGAGAUCAUCAGAAUUGACAAUCUUAGCCAAUCCAGUGCUAAUAGGAAAGCAUUGAGACUAAAUUGCACACUGGACAAAACGAUUCGUCAAUCAGCAUCUCCUAGUAGAGAUGCAUUACAUCGUUGCAUCUCUAUGGGGAAUGUUCAUGCCUCACUGUACAGCACCACCCCAGUAAGCACAUCUAGUGGUAGUCUGAGUGACUGCCACUAGAGCUGUCCUCAGGCAGUAAUGUAAACACUGCCUUUUACGCUGUAGUAGUUCUGGUGACUAUAGUGUGGCUUUUUUUUCUUUUUUUUUUCUUUUCCAGAAAAUAUUAUUUAAAACCGAUUUUCUUUUAACGUAGUGCAUGUUAACUCUGCAGACUCAAGUUCAAUUAACUUGGAUUAAUGGAAUUCGGGAUUAAUUUCGUAAAAAAUUUAAAUGUUGCACGAAUACACAGCCUUAAUGCUCCAUAACUAAUCCAUAUUUUUAGUUAAGAAAAAGACCUUUAUCCCAUUUUUCUGUAAAUCUGUGUACACAUAUUGAACACUUUCAAUUUAAAGUGUGAGAUUGAGCUAUUCGUUCAUCUUGCAAUCAUUUUAUAUUUAUCAUUUAUAAUGGUAUAUUAUGAAAUCCGCUCUUAAGUAACAGUUAAACAAAUCUGAAAAGUUAUUAUUCCAUAUAUGAAAUCAUUAUAACCAGGAAGGAUGAGUCUCUUUUAAAAAUCAUUUAAAUAGUCUUACUGCCUUGUGAUUUAAGUCAAACACACCCUUAGUGUAGUUAAAUAAGAAAUAUAUAUAUAUAUAUAGAGAGAAUUUUAUAAUGUGACAGUCUCUUUGAAUUCCAGACAAGUUGCACUGUAGUGGUUUCUUCACGAAACACUGAAUUGUAGUAAAUUGAAAUCUGAAUUGUAAAAAUUGGGCUAACAUAGAUAAGCUGAGACUAUAACUUUGAUGCAGAAUUAUUCAAAAUGUGCCCCUGUUACCUAAAUUUUGCAAUUUGGAUAUUAAUCCAGCUAAUUGUUUAGUAAAUUAUCGUGUGUGUGUGUGUGUGUGUGUGUAUAUGUUCAUGUGUGUUUUUAAAUUGUUUUCUAAGUUUCUAAACUGGAAAAGGGCCUAAAUGUUCCACCAAAAAUGACAAACAUUCAAAAAUCAGCAGUUGGCAAGAUUGAUGGUUGCUGUGUGCUAUGUAAUGUAUGCAUCAAAAAUCAUUUUGCCUUAACAGUCAGCAUGCGUGAACAGAUCUUGGGCAAGAGCAAAACGCAAUGACAACUUUUUUUUUCUUUUCUCAUAAGGUUACAUGUAGAGUAAAGAUACAAACACUAAUUCCUAUCGUUCUAGUGUUUCUGUAAAGCUAAAGCCAUUUUGCUCACCCUUAUUAUUCCCCUAGCUUGCUGAUAACGCAACUGCCGCCACUCCUGUCCUGCAUGCGUUCCUACAAUCCAGUGCUUCUCUAUAAGAAGCAUUGAAUUAGAGGAAAUUUCUAAGUUCACCCAAGACCUCAGCGGGUAUGCUGACAUGUUAGAAGCAGAUGCAAUAGAAGAGUCUUGGAGGUAGAAACAGAGGUUAGGAAAGGUAAGUAAUCUUAUUUAUUUGUAUUUAUUUUUUAUUUUUUGCAGCAAGUGUGGUGGACAGUGCUGGCAGCAAUAGAAGGGAACAUCUUGUCCUGAGAAACGAUUAUUUAAAGGCGUAACUGCCAUCAGGAAGAAAGUGACCAUAUUUCUGCUCAAUUUAUGACAAAAUAUGUUCAAUGCAGUUGCCUUAUUCAGGCUUCAUAUAGUACAGCUAAAACUGUUUUUCCCCCAUACAACUAUUGUGUAAUCAGAAUUAAGAAAGUUUCGUAGAAUACUAAGAAAAACAUUUUUGGCACACAGGGCACUUGGUUAAACUGUAUUCUUGUAAGUUGUAAACUGACUCACCCCAUUGGACGGUCCUUUGAACUCUGUGCACUUUACUUUGGGACAUGAUCCAGACUGAUUGCUCUCUUUCUCAAAACAGAGGUUAACAAACAUAACGGACAAUUUAUAUAUAAUUCUAUCAAGGAAGGUGCUGUCCCAGGAUAUAUUAUAUCUUUAUCAGGUGAAGUAAAAAACAUUUCUUAUAUAGUUGCAAUGGCAUCUGUCAAGGGGUGGGAUAUAUCUGGCAGCAACGGAACAGUACGUUAUAGCAUUUCAUGUGUUGGAAGCAGGGAAAAUGGACAAGUGAAAAGAUCUGAGUGACUUUGACAAGGGCAUCAGAACUGGACCUUGGAGGCAAGAUUGCUUGGCCUAAUGAAUCAGGUUGUAUUUUAGAUCAGGUGGAUGUGCACUUACAUGAUUUACCAUGUAAAGUGCUACGGAAUAUGCUGGCUCUAUAUAAAUACCAGUAAUAAUACCAAGGAAAGACAUGGCAGCAGGAUGUGAAGAAGGCAGGCAGUGUUUUGCUCUGGACAAUGUUCUGCUGGGAAACCUUGGGCCAUGACAUUCAUGUGACUGUUACUUUGACAUGUACUACCUACCUUGAGAUUGUUGCAGACAACGUACACCUUUUCAUGGUGGUGGUGUUUUCUGAUGGCAGAGACCUCUCUUAUCAGGAUAAUGCACCCUGCCACACUGCAAAAAUUGUUCAGGAAUGCAAGCAGAAGGUCUCUGAUAUCCUCAGCCUGAUCUCUCGUCACAUAGUAAUGUCAAAUUCAUCAAAAUUUGGAUGGCAUUGAUUCCCUCAGUGUAACAGUUUAACCACUCAUAUAAUCCUUAUUGUGUAAAUUGACAUUAUAUUUUUUUGACAAUCUUUAUUUUUCAAAAGGAUUUAAAUGAAAGAUACAUAGUAUAGACAUUUACUACACGGUGAACUGAUCAAUGUAGAACAGAUCGUAUGAUUACUUAUUCUAUCUUGGGUGCGGUAUGUUUGAGUGAGCCUAAUACCAUAGGGUAGUUGUAGUAGAAUUUCUUACCCCCUUGUGAUGUGCGUGUAUAAACAGUGCGUAUUGCCAGGCCUGCUGGUGUACAGAAGGACAAAAGACUUAUAAAAGGGUCUGUUUUCUUGUGUAUAUAUGGGAAUCAACUUUAGGGGACAGGGGGGUUGCAUGUGUGUUGUCUUCAAGAGGAUGUUUGAAGUUUGUGUGAGUAUGCCUGGACGUUGGUUGGCUAUUAGAUGGAGGUUCACCUGCGGUGGGAGUGAAUCGUUAUUGUGGACUAAAGUACCUCCCCUUUCAAUCUGGUCAGAUUGAUCUUCUGUUCGUCUUUUGUUAGUAUUGGGGGGUGGGAGAAAGAAAUAAGAAAAAGGAGGUUUGGGGGGAGAGGGAAGGAGCCCUAUUAGGCAGUGCCUGUGUCCUGUCUUGAGCUCCGCUGUCUAUCUCCCUCUGGCUCCUGUCUGUCUCCCUUUCCAGGGGUGGUAUCCUUGGCUGGUCCUCGGUUGUUAUUCAGGAGUAAAUUGACAUUAUUAAUGCAAAACUGCAUUUGUGAUCUGGAGAGCAAGGAAUCCAUCCCCAGCCACAGGGGUACCUAUGACUUACGUUGAACUGCUCAUAUGGUUUGAUGCCGCCACAGCCUCCAAACUCCAUAAGGUGCUUAGUCUUUAAAAUUUUGUGACGUUUGCUGACAUUCCGUUUGUUUUUUAUUUUAGGGAGUAAACAUUGUUCUCAUUCUAUAUCCUCCUCGGAGAUUUGUAUCAUUCUGCUUUAGUGGCUGAACUUGCCCUUUUUUCAGCUCUGGCAAACACCUUUUCAUAUUUAUAAUCUUCUGAAGAGGAACCUAAUUAACCUUGCUCCUGCUUGAUCGGGUCCUAUUUAAUGGGUUUGUGAUGCCUUUUAAUAAUGCAAAUACUUCCUGUACAUGCUGCCAUGUUCAUAUUUAAGAGUUUUGUUUUUCAUCAACUUUGAAGUUGCUUUGUUGUAUUAGCGGCUCAGUCACAUGAUUACAGUAAAAGGUGAAUAAAUAAACACACUGAUCCCUUAUUUAGGGGUAAUAAACAACUAAUGCUGUACCAGAAAUGGAGAAUAUUCACCUUGUAAACUUAAGCAGGAGAUUUGGGGAUGGGGGUCGGUAGGAAUGUUGGCAGUUGGGAAACUUGUUAUCUAAAAAGUGACUGCUGACCUUUCAGCUAGUACAGACAUAGUUACAUGCAUUGUAUGAAAAGCAAUCCACAGCCUUUCUGAAAUGUUACAUUUCACAUAUAGAGCGCUUGUCCUGGACUCUUUUUAUAGAUCAGUAAUUAGACAUGGUAGCUGAAAUGGUACUCUUGUGAAAAAUAGACUAGUAGGUUUUUUGUUUUUGUUUACGGUGUUAAAUAUCCAAACAUUCAUGUUAACACCUAUAUUUUGCAGACUUGUAUUAGUUGGGAAAUUGUAUCUGGAGUUAUGCAACAUUUAGAAGGACAUCAUAACUACAUUGUAGAGGUAUUGGUGGAUAGUCUCUCUUUUUUUUUUUGUUUUUUUUUUGUGUGAAAAGGAGACUUUGCACCUCAAUCACAACAAUGAGCUGGAGUGGUUAAGCUGCAUAGAGUAUCCCUUUUUAAACCACAGAAUAAGAGGGAUUCCCGAAUGUACCCAAUGUAUUUGUUUGUUUAGUUUUUCUACUGUAAACUUUUGGUUCUGCUUAACAUGUGUGCCUCUGUUCUACAUUUUUGAAGAAUAGGUAAAGGACUGUCCAUCAUAAAAUUAGAAUAGUGGCUCACUCUUGCCACUAUUACAUACACACAUAUAUAUACAUAAGUUGUAAUAUGUAACAAAAUGUAUUUUAUUAAAGUGGCACUGUCACCAGGGGGCAGGUAGAGGUGACACUUACUUGAACCUGUCCCUUGCGGCUGCCGCCAUCUUCCACUGUCUGCUUCUCUACAGCUCCUGGUGCUUCAGCCAUACACAAAAUUACAGCAUUGAGGUCUAUGAAGGAUCCCGUGAGACCUCAGGAUCCUCCAUAGACAGAAUCCAUUGCACGCAGCCGUUGCUGGUGACUGCUGUCUGGAUUGACACUUAGACUCCGCCCAGAAUCUAAGAAAGACAGGCACGGGAGAAAUACAGAGCCAAAGUAGUCCCUAAGUCUUUUGACUGGGUUGGAAUUUCAGUAAAAAUCUUAAAUUUUCCGGGGGUGGGUAGGGGGCAAGGAAUGUCCACCACAUCCUGGUAGAUGGUCUUGCUUUUAUAAUUUUAUUUAUUGUGAGUAUUUGCAAGGCAGCUGAGGGAUGUGCUGUAUCUACUAACUGAGGACCAAUUAAAAAAAAAAAUGUUUUUUUAUUAAAUCGCCUAUUUUAUAUUAAGUGCACCCACACUUAUUAUAUAUAUCAUUUUAUUCAGGAGAAACAGGGCCUUCAUUUAACAUCAAAUAUUCUAGCUUUGAAACAUAAUUUAAUGAGUAAAAUAUAAAAUAAAUAUGAGAAAUUAAAGGACCACUAUAGUGCCAGGAAAACAAACUUGUUUUCCUGGCACUAUAGGGUCUUUAGGUCCCCCACCCUCAGGGUCCCACUCCCGUCGGGCUGAAGGGGUUACUCCCCUUUCUCCAGCGCCGGGCUCCCUCGGCGCUGGGGAAAUCUCCUACAUCUUCCGACGUCAGCGCUGAAUGCUUUCCUAUGGAUGUAAGGGUCUUCUCUGAUUUUUCACAGUGAGAAGCGCGGAAGCGCCUCUUGCGGCUGUCAAUGAGACAGCCACUAGAAGCUAGAUUAACCCUAAUGUAAACAUAGUUUUUCUAAAACUGCUAUGUUUACAUUUGCACGGUUAACCCUAGAUGGACCUGGCACCCAGACCACUUCAUUGAGCUGAAGUUGUCUGGGUGCCUAUAGUGGUCCUUGGGGGUCUUGGAAAGUUACAGGGUUAAAUAUAGUGCUAGCAAACUAAAUUCUCUGGAUUUUUCUGCCUAGCUUAUCAGACAGGUCCCGCAAAUUGUAAUUAAUAAAAUGACUUAAUUAUGUAAAAAUAUUACAUAAAUAUAUACGUAGAAUGAAGAAAGACAAAUAUAUAUAUAUGUAUGUAUGUAUGUGUGUAUGUAUGUGUGUAUGUAUGUGUGUGUGUGUGUGUGUGUGUAUAUAUAUAUAUAUAUAUAUUCUAUCAAAAUCCAAAUGGGUUAUUGUGGGGGGGAAAUUGUGAUUGAAAAACCCUUCCACCUGAAGUCUGUGGAUAACAUUGUAUUAACUAUCCACAUACUUCAGGUGGAAGGGGUUUUUAAUCACCAUUUUUCCCCACCAUAACCUAUUUGGAUUUUGCUUCCCAAGCACUACCAAGCCUCAAUAAGCAAACCAGUAACCAGCCUCAUGCUGAUGAUUUGCAUUAACAAUGAAACUGCUGUUCAUGUGUGGUUCACUGGCUUUGCAGUUGUUUCAAAGAUGUUGUAUAUACAGCAAACACAGACUCAAAGGAAUCCAUGUUUAAAAUGGAAUGAGGCAAAAAUGCGAUUCUUUAUUAAACUAAUUUGCAUAUGCACACCCAGAAUCCUUUGCGCUAGUAACAUCACUGCAGAGUUUGGAUUUCUGUGGGAAAAGCAAGUCUUAUGGCUUGACUGGUGUGCAGAUUUUUGUUUAACAUUGUAUUCUCUCUCCUCUCCAAAUUAUUUUUUUUUUUAAAUUGCACAAUGUUUUAAAUAAAACGCAUGUGUAGCCAUCUAUAGUGCAACAUAAAAGGAUAAAUAUUAGGGAGUAAACAACUCCAUAUCAAUUUAAAAGUACACCGAUACUAAACCAUUCUUUCUAAACUUAUCCCCUUAAAGAUCUGAACUUAAUCUCACUAAAACCCCUUUUAUCUUAUAACCUUACUUUUAAAACGGUACUUCUCAUGAAAGAACAAAUAUGAAAAUUUUUAGAAAUUACAUUUAAUUUUUUUUUUUAAUGAUUUACUCUUCCAGGGAAAUUUUUUAGAGUCCUUGCUAAUUUGUAAAACAUAUCUAAUGAUUUUCUACUGAUAAAAAAAAAAAAUCUUCUAGGCCCUUUUUUAAUAUAUAGGGUACUGAGUUUGUAUGCCCAUUCCAUCUCUACUUGGCCAAUUUUUAAUACAUUGUUCCCCCCUCUCAAUUAUAUUCCUAAUAUGUUCAUCAGCUAUAAGUGGAGCUUUCUUACUGUGCGACCUAUAUAUUGAAAUUCCCAUUCCAGCAGAAAUAUAACAUAACAUCUUUUGCAGGAUGUACCUUUUUAUUUCAUAUUAUUUUUGUUGUAUUUGACUUAAAACUACUUAUCUACUUUUUAAUGUUAUUGGGGGGGAUGUUUUUAGACUAGGUCCCCUAUAGGUUUAAUUGUUUCGAAAAUAUUGUUCUAUACCUGGGAUAGGAAACAGUUGGUUGCCUACCCCUGCCCUGUAUAAUCUAUUCCAAUACCAUCACUCAGCCACUCGCACUGGCACAUACACUAAACUAAUCAUUCACCUUAGCUGUCAUCCACCUACCUGUUUACUUACCCCUGUCACCAUACUUACCAACUCACGAAGUUAUGACUCCCCACACCCAACAAUCUAUAAUUAUCCACGGAUGCAUGCAAAUUCAACUACCCACCCGUCAACUUCCCAUGAAUUUCCUUACAUACAUUAUGCAAACACGUACAUAUACAGCAUACAGGCCCACGUGCACACAUUGUACACAGGUGCACUGUUUAGGUUGGUUUACAAUUUUGGGAACAGGAUGUAUGUUUAAUAUCUGAUGUUAUGGUCAAUAAUCAUUAAUAUUGGUCACGUUUCCAUAGAUUGCAGUGUGUUUCCUGUGAUACCUUUUUAUUAAGAGUGAGGGUAUGUAAAAGGAACAAACAAAAAGGGUGGGGAACAGGAUGUUUAAAAGUAAGCGUGACUUGGUUACAUCAUUACAGCCAUAUGUAUCUCUGAAAAGUUACGUACGCAGGUGCUAGUGACUUUCAGUUCAUCCCUGGUGUUACGAUCCACAGCUUUAAGGCCAUGUUUUUAGAUCUGUUUAAAUGUGAAAAACUUCAAAUAGCUUUUCCUAUUUGGGUUAAUUAUACUGCAUUUUUUGUUUCCCACAUAGACUUUCGUGUGAUUCUUGUUUCGUAGUGCCUUUUGAUGUGGCAGUUUUUUUGUGGAUUAUAUAGUUUGUUUGUUGACUUGAAUUUCACUUUUGACACGUCUCUAGAAUUGAAAGUGAGUUUCAAGUUCAUUGAUUGAAAUGAUGUAUUUUGUUGUUUUGUGGUUUUUGUUUUUCUCAAUGUUGUGUUGUCUUGUUUGCUUUCUUUCAAAAUGGUUGAUAAACCAUAUUUCCUCAUUCAUUCAGAUUUAAUGUUUCCUUUUUCAGUAGGCACAGCUGUGAAAGUUCCACCUGAAAGAUUUAAAAUGUUAUUUUUCCAGAAUGAAUCAAAGUUUUGUGACUGGCAGUGCAUGGAUACUGUCAAAAAUCACACAUUUUUGAUACUGUAGAGCAUUUAGGGAAUAUCUUUGUUUACGACCACCUAAUGGCAGGGGUUUAUUAGCAAUGAUAUUUUGUGUGUGUGUAUAUGUGUAUAUGUGUAUGUAUAUGUGUAUAUAUAUAUAUGUGUGUGUGUGUGUGUGUGUGUAUGUGUAUAUAUAUAUAUAUAUAUAUAUAUAUAUAUAUAUAUAUAUAUAUAUAUAUAUAUAUAUAUAUAUAUAUAUAUAUAUAUAUAAUGUGUGUAUAUUUAAGCAAGUCUUAUGGCUUGACUGGUAUGCAGAUUUUUGUUUAACAUUGUAUUAACUAUAGAUAUGUAUGAAGGCGUAGCCUGUAAUUGUGCGAGGGGUUACCCAGCUAUAAAAACUCAGGCCCCCUCCAUGACCGGACCGACACCGCUGGGUUCACUUCCUUCAGAAAUGGAGCCGCUUCCGCAGCAUCAGGUCACAAUGUCCCUAUUCAUAUCGUUAAAAGGUUAGGUCGAUGGAAGUCAGUAGCAUAAAACCAGUUCUAUACCACAGACAGAACAGGAAUUGAGAUUAGCAUUUAAAUGUUUAGCUUUGUAACCUGUAUGUAAUAAAGGUGAUUUGUUUACAUCUAAUUUUUGUCCUACCCCAUACGUCGGUUCAGGCAUACCACAACCGACUGGUGCUUACUUCUAAUUAUAUAUUAUUGUAUCAUUAUUACGGCUUAUGUCCCUGACUACAAAUAUAUUAAAAAAAUUAAUUUUUUUUUUCAAGGUAUUGUAUGGCCAGCCUUUGUCUGUCAUAUCAUACACUGAAAAAAACAAACAUAAAAAAUAAAUAAAUAAAACACACACUCUUAUGUGUGUGGUAAUACCUUUUAACAUACCCCACACACCAUCUCCUAAAAAAACGUUUAUGUAAACUUGGUAAACUAAAGAUCUUUUGAUCAGAGUGUGUAUUUUUUUUUUUUUUAAAUAUUUUCACCCCUCUCAAUGAAGUAUAAUAUUGAAGGAAAUAAUUGGGGCGGCGAGGGGGUCCUAUUCAGAACAUCAGUAAAUUGGUAUUGCUCUAUAUUCAUUGAAGAGAAUUGUUAAUUAUAUUACAUAUUAUAAAACUGUGUGACAGGCAGUAGAGGCAUUUAAACCAAGCAACGCAAAUAUUGUUGUAAUUGCAAAAUCGCAAUAUUUUAGAUUGCAGGGUUAGAAUGACAGGAACAUGGCACCAAGACCACUUCCUUGAGGUGGGUGCCUAUAGUGUAAAAGAAACAUUAUAGCCCCAACGCUUUAGUGCCCUAGCCAAUAGUAAGGCUUGUACGAUAAAGUGGUCUGGAUAUUUAGUGGUCCUUUUUGUUUCAUAUAUUUGCUAGUUGUUCAUUUUGCUAGCAUGGUGUAGACCCAACGUUAGGAUAUCGGUUUAUUCUUACAUAUGUCAUAAAUCAAUAUAGCCAUGAAAACUGUGGUGAGGCCAGUACAACUCUCCAUAGUGCAAUUCGAAAACAAAUAUUGUUGUGCAUCAUCUGCAUAUCUCAAUAUGAAUUUUGGAAAGUCCUUCUUGGUAACAAACUCGAGAAAUCCUGUUUCCACAACUAUCCCAGAAUUCCCAGCUUGAUAUGCUAAUGAGUGCAGAGUGCAGGCAUUACUGCAGCUACCCGUAGCAAUGGAAACUGUUUUGAACACAGCUUUUGUUAACCAUAACAUGAUUUGUGAUCCAAAAGAAUCAGUGACCAGAAACCAGCCAUGGAAAGCAGUUUUGACCUUGCGUUCGUAGGACCGACACCAUGCUGAGGAGACUAAGGUCAAAACUGCAGUCUAUUGCUAAAACACCAUUCCAGUCUGUGCUCAUUUGCAUAUCAAGCAGGGAACACUGGGAUAAUUGUGGAAACAUGAUUUCUGUGCUCAAGGAGUACUUUCCAUAGUCCACCUUGUGAUAUGCAGGUGAUGCACAGCAAUAUUUGAUUGAUUGUUUUUUGUUUUUAAAUUAUUUGGUUCGUUAUUACUGUUUAGUAAAAAACAAAACCUCUUUUUCAUAUGUUAUAGUUAGAGAUUCUUACUGGUGUCAACCAACUGCGGCAAAGUUUUAUAAGCGUCUUCUUUUUUUGAUUAAUACAUUGCUAAAUACAAAUACACACCAGUCAAGCCAUAAGACUUCCUUUCCCCUCAGAAAUCUCACUUUCACAGUGAUCUCACUACUGCAAGGGAUUCUGGGUAAGGUGUAUGCAAAUGAGCUCAACAUUUUUGCCUCAAUUCCACGUUAUACAUUGCUUGACUGGUGUGUGUAUUUGUGUUUAGCAAUGUAUUAACUGUCCACUUAUUUCAGGUGGAAGGGGUUUUCAUCCACACUUUUUCCCCACCACAACUCUGUUGGUACGUUCUUUUUUUUGAGUGAGAUUGUACUUGGGGCCUCCAAGUAAGUAUUUCCAUAUAAAGAUAUCCCUCAAUGCAGAAUUCUUUGACUGUCCACAAUUCACAUAUGUAGAAUAACAAGCCACACGUGUUAAAUAGUAUUAGCAUUUUAACCCUGCUUGUUUUAUGUGGAAUGUUUUGAAACCCUUUCUAUUUGUGCAUUCGGUAUAGGAUUUGGGUUACCUUGCUGCUUACCAUUUAUUCCUUGUUCAGAUGACUGCCUGAAAUUCUUUAACGCUUCCUGCCAACAGGUUUAUUAAGAUGGGCACAAAAACUGUAGAAUCUUUCGGCAGGCAAAAAAGUUCUCAAGGCGUGUAUUAUUCUCAUUGAUCUUGUGAAUAUUUGCACACAAGGUAUCAUUUCUCACUGUGUUCUGAAGAGUUGGUAGUUUUUAACCCUCAUUAUUUUGUUUGUAUAAUAAGCCUGAAUAUCCAAUCACUUCCAUUUGCUAUUUCAGAACAUGCGUAUGCAAAAUAUAUAAGCAAAGGUUUUGAACUAGCGCCUCGAUUGAAGUCUGUGUGUUUUUGUAGCGAGUCAGAGGAAUCAAUGUGUUGAAUUUUUUUUCUUCCACGUGAGGUUGUGACAUGUUGCAAACCGAAAUGCAUCCAUUAAUAAAGAUUGCGUGUUUGGUGCAGCUUUUUUAAUGCUGGCAGGCAUAGCGACAUGGUUUUCAGAAGCAUUCUUUAGACUGUAUUGUUCAAUAGCUGUUUUCACAAAAGCCCUUUUGGUUUUUAUAAUCCUUAAUUUCCGGUCACUGGCUGUCGUUCGUGCUACAUACAAAGAAAACCAAAUCUGUCCAGAUACCUGGUAAAAGAGCAGGAAAUAAACGUUUUUUUUUUUGUUUUGUUUUUUUUAUUGUGGUGUAAAUGCUACUUAGAAACUUUGGUUUUGGUUAUAUCUGACAUGUUUUAGUGUUCCAGAUAUUAUUUUGAAUAUAAAGCAAAUUUACUUUUUAGGUAACUUUUUUUUUUUUCUUUUCUUUUUUUUUUUUUACCUAUGACUAACAUGAAUUCUCCACAAUGACAAUAUUUAAAUGUAUUGUCAAAGCAGUAAAUAAUUAAGGGGGGGAUCAGUAGAAGAGUCAUUCAAAUCAAUAUAGCAGCUUACACGUAAUAACGUUUUCAAUAAUUCCUAUUAAAUAGGAGCAAUAAAGUGCUUCUUGCUUACAGCUGCCUUCAUAUUUAGUUUUUUUGUUAAAGGGUUUUAUUCCAAUUUUAUUGUAAUGUUUGAUAUCCUACGCUGGUGGACUUUGUCAUGGUUUUCCAAAAGACAUUGAGUGGUGAGAUCUGCUCGUACAGAAUUUGUAGCGUGCACAGGUUUCAUUUCAGAUAACACACUAUGUCAUUCAUUUCUGUGUUUUCUUUAUGAUACACCUACACUGAAUUGACCUUGGAACAAGUUUCUAAUCACCUACUUUAACUAACUAUGAUUUUUUUUUUAUUUGCACAGUGGGUGUGAGAUUUUAAAUUCUAAGCGUACCAUGUAAUAUUUGCAUAAGACAUGCACACCAGGUUCUGAUAUUUCGCUCGACUAGUUCACUUCAAAAUCCAAAAAGAAUCUAAAAAUGUAGUAUCUUAAAACUGAUCAGCUUUAUGCAGUAUGCUGCAAAGCCCAGCCUACUCCUUUUUUAUUUUUCAAAUUUUUUUUUUCUUGGGUGAUUGGUAACUCAUCUUUCCUUAUACUCUGCUUUAAAAAAAAUCAACUUUAACAUGUAUUAUUUUUUUUUUGUUAUAGUGACAGCUACAUAGUGAGAGUGAAGGCUGUAGUAAUGACCAGAGAUGACUCCAGCGGAGGGUGGAUACCACAUGAAGGAGGUGGACUCAGUCGUGUUGGUGUCUCAAAGGUUUACCCUGAAGGCAGUGGAAGAAGUGACUUUCUAAUUCACGGGGAACGGCUCAAUGACAAACUGGUAAUUCGAAUUGUAAAAUUAUAUCUGUCUUUCAGUCUCAAGCCACACACUGUGAUUAUAUUAAAGCGCAACAGCAUUUGUUGGCGCUAUAUAAUAAUAAUAUAAGGAAAGUGUUAGAAAUACAAAUCUGUAUAGAUUGUUGGAGACCAUCACCACCUCCCUGACACCCCCACCUCCACACACACAAAUUGCAGUAAACUGAAUUUUAAAUGCUUUGCUUUUUACUCCCCAACCUAAAUUCCCUCUGUGCUGUCAGGCAUCUGUCUCCCAUGACAUCAUCUGGGAUGCAUCACUCACAAUCUGACGGUCCACUCCAGUUCUCCUCAUAGAAGAGCAUUGAGAAUUGAGGUGUAUGCACGGUGAGCGACGCAAGUGCACCCAAAUACUUCUCAUAGGAAAGCAUUAAUUUUAAAGGGACACUAUAGUCACCAGAACAACUCCAGCUUAAUGUAGUUUUUCUGGUGAGUAUAAUAAUUCCCUUCAGGCUUUUUUUAUGCAAACACUGCCUUUUCAGAGAAAAGGCAGUGUUUACAUUGCCUCUUCAGAGAAAAGGCAGUGUUUACAUUGCCUCUAUGGACACCUCUAAGUGGCCACUCCUUAGAUGGCCACUGGAGGUGCUUCCUGGGUCAUUGCUGCCGAAAAAGCAGCCCUGACAUUCAGCGUCCCCACACACUCCAUGGGGACGCUGACUUUUCCUCGUAGAGAUGCAUUGAUUCAAUGCAUCUCUAUGAAAAGGUCCAGUUUGGCCAAAAUGGCAUUUUGAUGUCACAAAGGGAGCGGUGCCAGCGCCGGCAAUAAGGUGAAUUUUAAACUUUUAUAAGUGGGGGUGGGGGAGAAGCCACCUUAAUGGUGGGUUAAACACUAUAGGGUUAGGAAUACAUGUUUGUGUUCCUGACCCUAUAGUAUUCCUUUAAAUACUUUCCUAUGAGCUGCAUUUGUUCACAUGAUUUAGUUUUACUCUGUUGUUGUAGAGCAAGUGCCUCUAGUGGCUAUCUGUGUUUACCCCUUGUCACGAAGGUGGGCUAUUGGCCUAGCCGAGACAGUUGGGAGUGUGUGGAAGUGAAAGUGUUAAUGACACCAGACCCCUGGUUUCCUGUUGCUAGUCCCAGAAACCACUAAAUUAACCCCUGCAAUCCUUUCUACACUAACUCCCUAGUACACAAUUUACUGCCACCACCAAGACUUUAUAUCCGGGUGUCUUAGGUUACCCCACACACAGUAGAAUUAUAGUAUCACAACCUUACUUUACUGAUCAGACAUAUAUAAUUAACCAUUUUGGUAACGUGUUUACCUGAGCUUUCCUCAGAAGAGUGAGCUCAUAGAGAACAAAAACACAAGCUGAUAAGUAAACAUUUAAUCUGACAAAAAGGAUUCACAGUGCUGGGUACAAAAAUACAGAAAUAAAUAACAUACAGAAACACAGAUAACAAAUUGCAAAACAGUCCAUAAAAUAAAAUCAGAGGAAACAUUCUCAGAGGAAACACAAGAAAUUCCUUACAUAUAUUUACUCCUUCUGUAGAAUUCUUGUGGGAGAUUCAGAUGUUACAGGUCUCAAAGUAGUUAUUGGGGGAAAAAAAAAAUCUCUCCCCGGGUAGUCCAACAUCCUCAAUAUAUAUCUUAAACCUAGUUGUUUCUAAGUGGGCAGACCCCUGGGUGGAUCAGAGGAGUCUGGCCUGGCAGUUUAUUGCCCACUCCAUAUUUUCUUAAGUUACGUUGUCCUUGGAAGACCCCAAAGUCAGAGCAUAAGCACCAAUGCCUUUUACGAUGCCCUAUGACCAGCUCUGGUGAUGGUCAUCUAGUAGUUUUAUGGCUUAGGCCUGGUGUAAGAUCAAAGCCUACAAUAGCAACUCAGAACAUAUAUCAAAUGCCAACUCAUGCUUUGGCAUGACACCCCUGCAUUGUAAACAUUGCGGUUUUGCGGAAACUGCAAUAUUUUACAUCGCAGGGUUAAAACGAAAGGUCCAUUUUAUUGCGAUAAAAUGGACUGGGUGACUUUAGUUGCCCUUUAAUCAGAAAGCAGACAGAAGAGUUAUCACAUGUUUAUCUGAUAGAGGGUUAUGUUUGUUUGUUUGUAGAUGCGGGAGCUUUGUACAAUAAGUCGGUGCGCUGAUUUUUGUUUCUCCGGACUGUAGUUUGAACAUUGUGGAUUUAGACAAAUUAUAUGCUUUUGAGACUAGGCAACAGCCACCGUACAAUGAAUUGUUUUUGUUGCUCAGACGUGGUACACUGUCAAACUUCACAUUAAUUAAGAGCUGGGUUGGUUUAGUCGUACAAACAAUCUGCUUUCAGUUCGCAAAAGGAUUAACCUUUUGAUUGAUAGGAAUUUAACUUGUACACACCAUGGUUCUAUACUAUAUAUGGGAAGCAUAAAGUCACUCUGUGAAAAUGUUGUUCCUGUGUGAAUAGGCCUGCAAGACAGUUCAACCAAGUGCCUUACCAUUGUUUUAGGAGAGGUGCAGUUUUUCUGGCAGAGUCUAGAGUUAACUGGGAAUUGUUUAUCUUGUGUUAUGGUGGUUAUGUCCUACUAGCAGAGUUCUGUUUUUCUUUGCACUGACUUUAUCAUUUGAAUAUAUUAAUCAUGUUUCGGAUUGCCUGUUUUCAUUAUUAUUGUUAAAAUAUUACUCCUACUCAGAUCCAAGUCUGAUUAUUGAAGUGGUGAGAGUAACAUUUUCGGUUCUGGUGCAAGCGGUAAAAAUGUUAUACGAAGGACCCAGUUGUAGUUCUCUUUAACUAGAGAAGCCGUAGAGCAUAGCCUGCACGUUUUAAAAAAUCUCUCCUUUUUAGGGUUUUUGCAAAUAGUAGUAUAUUUUGAACAGAUUUAGUAGAGGGUUUGUGACACUGUCUCAUUUUAGUGCUAUGCUUGCUUGCUGUAUUUUACCCGUUAAGUGCUUUGUGGUCCAUUGUUAACUGUUGUGAGAAGUUAAGAGUGUACUUUAUUUUAUUUAUUUAUUUUUUGUUUUGUUUUUUUUGUUUUUUUUUAAAAUAUAACUGGAAAUUACAUAGCAGUUUUAGCAGUAUUUUAUAGGGUUAAGAAUACAAAAAGUACACCCUAGUGUCCUCUGGUCCCCCUUCCUUCACCCCAGCAUCAUUUAGGAGACCUGGAGUCCAUUACUAUCAGGUUGCCUCUAGUGGCUGACAGCAACUAGAUUCGGUCUUAGUCCAGCAAAGUAAUUAUUGCAGUUUGCCUAAAAGUGAUUAAGUGGGACAGGGACACUGCAUCCAGACCACUUCAAUGAAAUGGAGUCUCACAGACUUUGUAUUACUAAUUCUGCUUUUUAAAAUGUAAAAUUAAUUUGUAAUUUUAAAUGGUUUUACAUCAGAGCCAUGACGUAUCUGGUAAAGUUACUACAUGUUUUAAGCACUUUAAUAGCUUUAUUUGGCUCUUUCUUUAUGGUCUAGUCAGCCAUGACUUGAUAAAGGUCAAAGAUGGUGUCCGAAAUGUUGCCCUGUGUAAUGCUUCAUUAAAAAGCUGGACCUCUUUUGAUCUGCUGGUAUCCUGUUACUAGGGGUUGGGGCCAAUCCCAGACCUGGAGCACGGACGACUAGUUUGGAUAAAACCUCCGCAAAACAAAUAAUCCAGUCUGCUGGUGGAGCUCUAUGGCCCAGGGAAGCCUUUCUUACUUGUUGUCCCACCUUUUUGCAUAUUUUUGAUCCCUGUAAGCUGUGCUUAAAGCCUUUUCCUUAUGAUUACAAGUAUCUGAUUCUGUUGUGGCUUUGGGCCUGACAGACCUUUUCCUGUCACAGUUUACCAACUGCCUUUUAAUAGAGUAGGAAAACGGUAUAUAAUGACAACUUGGCAUUCUUUGCAAUUUAAAGGAAAGAUCUACAUUUUUUUUCUCAUUUAUCUUUUUUAUUAAUGCAUAAAGAAUCAAACAUUUUGCAGCGCAGUGCAAUUUUGACAUGCCAAACCAGUCACAGGCGCAGCUGUGGAUAUCGUAUGUUAAAAGGUUUACCCCACAUGUGGGUAGAAACAGCUGCUGUGUUACACAUCUGUUGUACUCGCUGCUUUACAAGAUUUCUUAUAACUUUUAACUAGGGGAUAAGGGUGGGGUACAGAAGAAAAAAGGGAGGGGGUAAGGGGGGGUACCUUGGACAAUAGAUAUUGCAUUUUUCAGUUCAAUGUUGUAUAUAUAUCCCUGUAUGCGUUUUUGUUUCCCCUGGUCAGCCUUUUAACUCUCGACCGGCCAGCUACUCCAUUCUCUGUCAUAUCUCUCACUACAGCCGUUUGCUCUGCUUGCCAUUUUCUCAUACUGACUGAUCAGAUCCAUUCUAGUAAGGAUAUUGGGUAUAGCUGGUGUUUGAUUGCUCUUCCAACUACCUGCCAACAUUAUUUUUGCUACCGUGAGUAUGUUGAGAAUUACCUUUCUGUGUGGGUGGGAGGCAAUACCGGGUGCUAUGUGGAGAAUGUAGUGUUCUGGUUUCAAGGGUAGGGUGAAUCCUGUCCUAUCUAGUAUGAGGGAGUGAACUUUUUCCCAAUAGUCUGUUAGAAGGGGACAAGCCCAGAAAAUAUGGAUUAUGGAUCCCUCACUGAUGUUACACCUCCAGCAUUUCCCGGACGUGCCCGGGUACAUGUAUGCUAGUCUUUUUGGUACUAGAUACCACCGCAUUAAAACCUUGCAGUAUGCUUCCCAGAACAUAAGGCUUUGCGAAGCCCGUUUUGUGACUUUCAAAGCUGUCAGCCAGUCUACCCUUGGGAUCUGGAGACCCAGGUCCUCUUCCCACUGUGUCAUGUAUGACAGCUUGUCAGGGACUGUCGCGGUGAUCAGUGCUUUGUAGCACGCUGACAGUGGCUUUACAUGCCUGGUGGUGAGUAACUGUGUCAUUGGUAGGCGGGGAGUGAAGGAGCGACUGGUGAGUUCGCGGAUAUGCGAGUGUAUUAUAUUUUUUACUCUGAGAUAUAGAAAGAUAUCCCUCGCUGGCAAACGUAGGUCUUUUUGCAACUCUGGAAAUAGCUUAACCUUGUCCCCUACUAAGAUAUCCCUGACCUUAUGUGCACCUCCCUCCCUCCAUCGAUCCAGCUUCAGGUCAGGGGAGAGUAUUUCUAAUGAUGUCAGGGGUGCUGAUUGGAAGAGCGAUUUGGAGUCUGCUAUGUAUGGGCUCCAUUUAUUCCAGGCCAUUAUUAAAAACUUUGUGCUCUGCAGCUGUUUUCCCAUCGCCACUCGUGUAUGCCCCCCCGCCCAUAGAUAGUUUGACAGAUCGUGGGUAUUCAGACAGGCACUCUCCAUUGCAAACCAUAUAGGGCGGCGGAGUGUGCAAUUGGGGCGCAGUAGACAGAGACCCUGUGCUAGAGCGGUUGCCCUGUAGUAAGCCUUAAUGUCUGGCAUAUUCAGUCCCCCAUCCGUGCUCGAGAGCCCUAGGGUACCUUUUGCUACUCUCGGGGGCUUCCGCUUCCAUACAUGUGCGUUUAUGGUGCUUUGAUAGAGUUUUAGUAAAAAGAUCUACAUUUUUAACUUUGUAAUUUCUUUGCUCUUAAAUCAAAGUUUGGAGUUUCACAAGUGUGGUUUUGGUUUUGACUGCUUUUAUGCAGAGAUAGAUGGUUUGUAAUCUACAAAUGUUGGGACACUGGACUUAAAGGACCCCUCUAGGCACCUAGACCACUUCAGCUUAAUGAAGUGGUCUGGGUGCCAGGUCCAGCUAGGCUUAACCCAUUCUUUUAUAAACAUAGCAGUUUCAAAGAAACUGCUAUGUUUAUGAAUGGUUUAAGCCUUCCCCCAAAUCCUCUAGUGGCUGUCUCAUUGACAGCCGCUAGAGGCGCUUACGUGAUUCUCACUGUGAAAAUCACAGUGAGAGCACGCAAGCGUCCAUAGGAAAGCAUUGUAAAUGCUUUCCUAUGCGACCGGCUGAACGCGCGCGCAGCUCUUGCCGCACGUGCGCAUUCAGCUGACGAGGAGGAUCGGAGGCGGAGAGCUCCCCGCCCAGCGCUGGAAAAAGCUAAGUUUUAACCCCUUUCCCCCUUCCAGAGCCGGGCGGGAGGGGGACCCUGAGGGUGGGGGCACCCUCAGGGCACUAUAGUGCCAGGAAAACAAGUAUGUUUUCCUGGCACUAUAGUGGUCCUUUAAACUUGCUUAAAAUCCAAAACUGGUUGCAGUGUAGAUGUUCUGAAACCUUAGACUGGUAGUGUAUAACAUAUAGGUGCAGUCUUAAAAGAAGUUUUUAAUGCUCUAUAAGAUGCUUGUUUUUUUAAAUUUAUUUUAUCAUUUUAAAGUUACAGUAAGUACAAUAACCAUAGCUGUUUGAAUUUGUAGCGUUUACAUAUUUUUCACACCAGUCAGCUACAAUAUUGUGCUGUUCUACACUGCAACACCAAUAACUUGUUACAUUUGCCUAUAUUUUAACAUGUUUUUUUCUUAUACAUACAGUGAAGAGUGGGUUUUUAACUACUAUUGAUUCUACUUUUAUCAGUUUUGACAAAAGUUUGGGCACUUGGGUUGUUUAGGAUUAAAAGUAUAGUGUAGGUUUUGGUCAUCCUUGAUAGAAGAUCCUGUCCUGCACAGCUUUCUAGGCUAUAUUUAACAAAUUUGUCCAAUAUUGAGAUUCGCGCCCUAAACUACAAAGUUCUAUCAUGCACAGUUAGAUCAUAUGCAGAAGUAAGCUAUUGCUAUCUUUUUUUUUAAGUUGGUACAUUAAUGGGUUUUCGAGUAGGCGAAACUUAAAAAUUCUGUCUCCUUGAACAUGUUUUUAGAAGCCUGCACAUACUGCUUGGUAAAAGACUUGUCCUAAUGUCCUAGGAUUUAUGUGAAGCAUGACUUGAACUGAUCCUGUUUUCAUAAGACAAUUCAAAAAAGUAUGACUGGGACCUUUAGAAAACCUGUGUAACCAAGAAUUUAACAAUCUUUCAUUGAUCAUUAAUUUAAGCAUUUUAUACCUUUUUUAGGUGUUCGCGGGACAGUGUCCAAGUACGGAAUUCACAGAAAACCUAGGCUUUGGAGCAUUGUUUAACCUACUUAGACUAUAUUAUAAAAAAGAUUGACCACCCCUGAAUUAUAAUGGAUAUCAAAAACCCUUUACCAUCCAAUAUUGCAUAUAUCUAAAAGUGCAUUUUAAGGGAAUGGGGACUACUAAUUGAGCUUAGUAGGUUGAAGCAUUACCUUGCAGAACCGCCACAUGAUCCAUUUCUCUUUUUUUUUUUUAUAUAUAUAUAUAUAUAUAUUCUGCAAGCAAUUUAAAGGGAUACUCCAGACCAUUAAAGCACGUUGGCUUGCUGAAGUACUUUGUGGGAAGAGUGUUUACAAUGCUCUUACAACAGAUUAAUUAAAUACACUUUAGUACUGUCACUAUUUCAUUUGUCUCCCACGUUAGUCUAGCACUCACUGAUAUUGGGGUACUGUGAAGUUGUGGUGAGCUCAACAUGAAAUGGGCCACAUGUUGGAAUUAAAUCCCCAUGUUUGUUUGCUGAGAUAGGCGCUUCUAAGUAGCCUUUUAAAAUGUAAAGCUGUAUUUUGUGUGUGUGCUGUUCCCUAAUCUGUAUUUUGUAUAAAUGUUGGUCUCUAUGGCAACACCAUUUCCUUUAACCUUCUGUGGAGAGGUGGGUAGUUACAAAAAGUGCAGGCCUCAAUAGAAACUGACACUUUUUUCAAAAUUAACCUUGUUACACCCCUGACAGUCGAUCAGACAACCGGUCCAAGUGGAGCUAAACUCAAAAGGCAGCAAUUGCCCAGAGCACCUGCCUUUCAAAGACUUCUCAUUGAACUGCAUUGGGAAGUCUGUGAUUGGACAGCCAUAGAAAGUCUGGGCUGGGGUAAAAGGGGAGUGAUUGAAAAGACUGAAACAAGAUCUGGGACUUUUGCUAGUUGUUUUUAGAUAUUCCCUCAUGAAAAAUGCAUAAUUAAAUGCAUGCAUGUUUUAAUUGUGGGUGUAUCUACUCGAUAGUAUUUUCUUUAUUUUUUAUUUUUUUCUUUAUUUGGACAGUGGAGUGUCCCUUCAACUUAAGCAGAAUCUUGCUUUUUCUCGGCUUAGUCUAUAUCAGUGAAUCCAAAACCAAUCCUCGAGACCCACCAACACUCCAGGUUUUGUAUCUCCAUUGAAAUAAAACCGGGAUUGGUUUGUAUAGUAAGCUAAUAAUGCAAUCUGUUGAUCAUUGUUGGUGUUUUGUUUUUUUUCUCACUUGUUUUUGUUUGUUUAGAUUCAGUAGAUAUCUACUGCCUGCUGCUUGGUUUAGAAGGGAACUGUUUUUUUGUUUUUGGUGUGUUUUUUUUUUUUGUGUGUCUUUGUGUUUUUCUGUUUCUUGCAAAUUCUGCGGUAGCUCAUGCCUGUCCCACCUUAUGUAAAUGUUUUGAACGUUUUUGUGUUUGCAGAAGUUUUGUUUUGUUUUUUUUUGUCCAUGAUGUUUCUUUUCAAUAACACUGGCUACUGUAGUGGGGCAGGUCCAUUUUAUAGAGUUCCUUUCCUAGAAUAUAAAUAUAUCCUUAAUCAAAUGAUAGCACACAGAAGAGACAGGACAUUUAUAGGUAAGAAUUUUGGUCAGGGUUCAGUGUAGAUUCUGAAUUUGAAACUUCCAUUCUGGCACCUUGUUUUGAUUCAUACAAACAGUUGUACGAUACAUGCCUGUAUGUCAGAGUGGAAUGCAAGACAAAUUUGAGCAGUGAAUGGAAAUUUAGUAUCCUUAGUAGUUAUGAAACUUUUAUGAAUAUUAUCUUGAGAUUUGUGAUCCUAGGAAAAAAGUUAAGAUGCUUACUGCUCAAAGCAUUUUAAAGUAACACUAUAACGCUUGUGUUCCGAAGGCUAUAGUGUUCUCCUCACCAUUUAGGUUAUCAGUUGCCAGCAAGGAUUAUAAAAUGAGAUUUAGAGACUUUGUGCUACUGGACCAGGCUGAUAGCAAUGUGCGGAAAAUCGCAGAAUUGCGCCAAUCUUCCUCUCCUUAUAGUUAUGCCUUGAUCAGUGCCUCUCUAUGGGGAGUGUUCAGCGUCUCCAUGCAGAGUGUGGGGCAAGCUAUAUGUUGUAGUGUUUCUGAUGAUUCUAGGUGCAAAAAUGUGGUGUUCAAUAAUUUUAGAGGAAUAUAUUUUGUUUUUGUGAUGGUUUUUUUUUUUUUUCCUACUUUAAUAUUCAAAAAAUUCAUGAAAAAUAUAACUGGCAUGCUUUUAACUCGACAGAUUUUUUUUAAAUUUUUCUAUUAAAGCUUUUUGUGUUUAAUGUUAUAGGUGGUCUUGGAAUGCUACUUAAGGAAGGACUUGAUUUACUGGAAAGCAACUCCAACAUUUCAUCACUGGUUGGUUGACGACAGAAGGUUUGGCCUUACAUUUCAGAGCCCUGCUGAUGCACGAGCCUUUGACAGAGGAGUCCGUAAAGCCAUCGAAGACCUCACGGAAGGUGAUGAAACUUAAGACCCGAAUUCUGUCUAUUCUUUGGUUUGGGGUGUGGAACUUGCUAGAUCUGUCACAUUCCGCAGCUCCUUUUUUAAAAACUGGUGACACCAGAAAAUCUUUAAAGUUUGAGGAAUGUUGGCAGGCGAGCAUGAGCUGACUCUUCUAAUUUUGUGCUGGGUUUGUCUGUUAAUCAAGAAAGGGCCUGUAAAUAGUCUUCAUUUAGAAGGGCAUCAGUAAUAUAUAAUAGAUCUACUUUCUAUUUUGACUUGGUAAUAAUUUGUACUAACUAUUUCCUUAACACGACCGUUGGUGUAAUUAUAUUUGGUUUUUCUUUACCUUGGUUUUGUUUGUUUUUUGUUUUGUUUUUUUUUCAGCAUUUUUUAAAUUUUUGCCUAGCAUUUAUAAAGGCCCAAAAUAUUCCAUAUUUCUGAUAACGGGACACUAUAGUCACCAGAACAACUACAGCUUAAUGUAGUUGUUCUGGUGAGUAUAAUAGCUCCCUUCAGGGAAUUUCAUGUACACACUGCCUUUUCAGAGAAAAAGCAGUGUUUACAUUGCCCCAAAGUGAUUUAACUCAGAAAUGGCAGAGAAUUGAGCAGUGAGUCUGGAGGUGCAUGAUCUAUACACCAAAACUGCUUCAUUAAGCUAAAGGUUAUUGGAUGGCCACUGGAGGGGCUUCCUGGCUCAGGGCUGCACAGUAAGCAGCUCUGCUUUUCAGCAUCCCCACACGCUGCAUGGGGACUCUAGAUUCUCUUCAUAGAGAUGCAUUGAUUCAAUGCAUCUCUGAGGAGGUGCUGAUUGGCCCUGCCACUUGCCGAUUUUAGCCAAUCCAAUGCUUUCCCGAUGAGAGAUUGCAGUCUAUAUGAUUCUAUUUAUAUUUGUAGCCAUUUAGACAUUUGUAGCAACUUUUUAGUCAUGGCUAGUAACAUGGAACUUGACAUUUUAAACCCUGUAUCUUUUAUACACAAACAAUGUCAGGAAGACAGGAGCAGGUAGUUAAAGGGACGCCAUAGUCACCAAAAUAACCUUUAGCUUAAUGAAGCAGUUUUGGUGUAUAGAUCAUGCACCUCCAGACUCACUGCUCAAUUCUCUGCCAUUUCUGAGUUAAAUCACUUUGUUUAUGAACCCUAGUCACACCUCCCUGCAUGUGACUUGCAAAGCCUUCAUAAACACUUCCUGUAAAUAGUCAGCUAAUGUUUAUCCUUCCUUUAAUGCAAAUUCUAUUUAAUUUAGAUUUUCCUAUCUCCUAUGUUAAUAGCUUGCUAGACCCUGCAAGAGUCUCCUGUAUGUGAUUAAAGUUCAAUUUACAGAGCAAGAGAUAAAAUUUUUUGAGGCAAAUUACAACUGAUUGAAGGUGAAACCAGUUUUUUUAAUCAUGCAGGCCUUGUCAAUCAGAACCAGGGGAGGUGUGGCAAGGGCUGCAUAAACAGAAACAAAGUGAUUUAACUCCUAAAUGGCAGUGAAUUGAGCAGUGAAACCUGGGAGGCAUGAUCUAUACACUAAAACUGCUUCAUUAAGCCAAAGUUGUUUAGGUGAUUACAGUGUCCCUUUAAAGUCCAAGCUCUUUGUACAUCAUAUAACAUUUCUAAGCUUCCUCAUUUGGCCUGAAAGAAAGGUAAGGUUUGUUCAAGAAUACAUUGGCAACACUCCCAGCAAAGAUAGGGUUACAAUAUAUUUCUGUACAUUGAUUGUGACAGGACAUGCAGGCUUGGGGAAAUCUGAGUAGCCAGUCUUUACAAAUUGUUACUGCUGUCAUGCUUUUUAUUAUAGGUUUUUUAAAUAUUAAAACAGACUUUUGUCUUCUGGAAAUCAUUUAGAAUUUAGAUGACACUUGUGUGUUUUGGAGUAGGUUUUUAUUUAUUUUGCUUUGUAUGGCUUUAUAUAUGUUAUCUUGCAUUGGUGUCCAUAGCCUGAAAUAUUUGUGCCACAAGAAUACAUUUCAAUGUCUUAAAUUUUCAAGUAAAUUCCAGGAUAUAGAUAAUUACAAAAAUGUUAUCAGUCCCAGAAGGCUGAAAGGCACACUUGGUCAUCCUGGGAGUUGAUCCUGCUACCUUGAGGUUUGAACAGCUAUUAGAGACUAUGCAGCUUGUGAUUAAAAGGACACUAUAGUCACAAGUGCAACUACAUGUAUUCCUGACCCUAUAGUGUUAACACGACCAUCUAGCCCCCUGGGCCCCUCAUGCCUCUAUAAAUAUAGUAAAAAUCUUACUGUAUUCAAGUCAGAAGCUGUAAAUCUGCAUGCUGUUAGACUCAGGAAAAACAAGCAGUCUGCUGACAUGUGAUAGCCUGAUCCAAUCACAGUGCUUCCCCAUAGAAUUGGCUGAGACUGACAAGGAGGCAGAUCAGGGGCAGAGCCAGCAUGAUUCAAACACAGCCCUGGCCAAUCAGCAUCUCCUCAUAGAGAUGAAUUGAAUCAAUGAAUCUCUAUGAGGAAAGUUCAGUGUCUGCAUGCAGUGGGAGGAGAUGCUUGUGCACAGCAGAUCUGAGUGGAUGGAGGCAUAUUAUGAAGAAGUCCCUCUGGUUCACUCUGAGUGACUGCAACUGGAGGUGUUCCUAGCUUUCAAUGUAAACACUGUAUUUUCUUGGAAAACACAGUGUUUACAUGAGAGAGGCUGCAGGGAGCUCUAGUUCUCACCUGCACAACCUCAUUAAGCUGAAGUUGUUCAGGUGACUAUAGUGUCCCUUUAACACAAACUUGUCCCUACAUUUUCUGAUAUAUUAGUCUCUCUUCUUCUACAUUAGAUUAUGGUACCUUGCUUUCUAAGGUCCUUCUUGCCUGGAGGGUUUAAUCUGGGCAGGUUGUCGGUUUCUAUUUACAGCUGGCCAAUUUCACUCUCAUGCUAUACUUUGCUAAGUUUUGGAAGCCCUACCGUUCCAGUGUAAAUGUACACAGACAUCCUAUCCCCGUGCCAUCACACUGUGCUUGGACUAUGGACCAGAAAUGUCUGUUUCAUAUUCUCGUCUCCAUGUGUGAUUACAGUUUUAAAGGGUGGAAUUAAGCAAGAGACCAUAGACUAACCAGGUUAAUUACUAACUUGAGAAUUUGAAAUGUUAUGCUUGCAUUGUUAAACUGGAAAAAGAGGUGAAUUGGAGAAUGUUGCUAUGUUGGACUAUAGUUUGUUAUUCCUUGUUCAAUUCCCAGUUUAGUGAAUAAUCCUAAAGUUAAUGUGUCAAGGAGGUGAAGUCUUAAACCACAGCCACUUUAGCAGUUUUGAAAUGCUUAUGACAUUACUAUGUAUUUUCUGACAUUCUGCCACAAAAGUAUCAAGGCUAUUGGGUAGUAAAACGUUUACAGUUGGUACUGUGCAGUCAGGCACCCAGCAAUCAACAGUGAUCUUCCAGAGUUUCAGUCUGAACUGGUACCAAACAACUGAAAGUGAGCAAAAAUGCUUUGAAAGUAUUAAACAAUAUGAGUAGCCAGCACACACAAGUGGCAAAAGGCAUUUAUCAUAUUGUGGGUACAAGUAUUAGCUGUGGUUUUGCUGCAACCAUCUGUACAUAUAAGAAUAAAGUGCAUACUGAAGCUGUCAAGCUUGCACUGAGGGCACAAGGUUUUCCCACAUGGUUUGCAUGUGAAGGAUAAAUUUUGGCCGUGAAAUGUUUCAGAUUAUUUCUAGGACAUUGCUCUUAUUUUAAGCCCUGCAGCCAAAUCUAACCACAUUGUUACUUCUCUUUUAAGGAUCCACCACUUCUUCUUCCACAAUACAUAACGAAGCCGAGCUUGGGGAUGAUGACGUGUUUGCUGUAAGUAGAAACCUGCUUUAAACAAUGGCGCCUAAUACUGGUUGAAUGCUUGUUUUGUUGGAAGAAUAUUGUGGGGCAACAAAAUAUUGAGAUGUGCAAGGAGAACAGUUUGUGGUCUACCUUUUAAGUGAUUCUUAAGCUUGCCAUUUUAAAAGGGAGCAGUCAUGUUCCAGGAUUUUUAAAAUGAAAUGGACAUUAUAGUGUUGGGAAUACAAAUCAGUGUUCCUAAUGCUAGUCUUCCUGUAACAACCCCGUGCGCUGAAAAAAAACUAAAUUUUACUUGCAUUUCCUCCAGUGUAGAGUCUCCCCUGGUGCCGCGGGCUCCUCCUAGUCUGCCUCCAGGAUGAUGGUACAAACCAGUGCUUCUCAUAGAGAACCAUAGGCAUAUGUGUACUGCUCACUAAGAUCCGCCAAUCAACACUGGCAUUGCAGUGAUUCUUUAUAGCAACCUGUAACAACACUGCGCAUGUACGCUAGAAGUCAUGGACUUGAAGCAAUGCUUCCCAGCUUAAUUAGUAUAACAAAAUAUUUGGGGGGCAAAUUGAGAGGUGGGCUGCUGUAGCCACUAUAACAACUUCAAUGAGAUGAAGUUGCAAUAGUGAGUGAGUGUUUCUUAAAGCUUAUAUAUUCCUUAUAUUUACAAAAUAUGUAUUUGUGAGGCGCUAAAAAUUUAACUUAAAUGUAGAAAUAAACAACUUUUUAAUCUAUAGCUAGGCAGCUCCAUCUUAGCUCCCUGUCAAAUGUUGUUGUAAGCACUAUACUUUGCGCCUAGCAUUCAGUAGAUCGGAAAGUUAGGAGAAGUGAAACAAUCUUUCUGUUUUCCUCCUAGUUUGAAGCAUGUACUCUGGCAGUACCUGGAUGUCAUUUCCAUUUCCUAGUAGUAUAGCCCCCUUACUGAUUCCAGCACCCAUUGCUGCGCUCAUUGGGCUGUCCCCAUAGGAAACCAUUGCUGCAAUGCUUUCCCAUGCAGAUUUUACGGACUCGAUGUCCUCAUGCAGAGCGUAAAGUCGCCCAGGUGACCAAAAGUCGCCUAGCAAGCAGGAAGUGCCUUUAGUGGCUGUCUGACAGCUGCCAGGGGUAGGGUUAAGGGAACAGGGUCACUGCUUCCAGACCACUUCUAUAAGCUGUAGUACUCUGUAUAUACUCUCCCUUUAAUAUAAAUUAAAGGGAAAACAUGAAGCAUUACAUGAUAAACAAAAAAAAAAAAAGAGCGUUUAGCACAAGUUACAGGCAAUGUUCAAUGUUUCAUUUAACGAUGUAAUUUCCUGACAGUUGUCCUUUAAUGUUUAGACAAUGUAUAGGCCAAUUUACAGACCUAUGUUGGAAAAGGGAAGACCCCCCCAAUUCUGUGCACUGACCCAGCAAUGGUCCCUCCGUAUGAUGAUAUUUCUAAAAUCGUCUGUCAUUCAAAGAUGUGUUCUCUAAAACAAUAGGUUCCUCUUUCACCGUUUGACAUCUUGGCAGUUAUGUAGUUUUCAGAAUCUCUGGAUUCCGGAGUAGAAUGGUGAAUGUACUGAAUAUUAUUGAACUGCUAAUUGUAAACUUCUCUCGUCAACUGGCAAUUAGCUUUGUUUCCCCCCCCCCUUACAUUUUCAUCUGUUAAUAAUUGUCACAAAUAUGCCUCCAGAAUUGCACAUAGACAUGUGAUUUAACUAGUGGAAAAAAUACUGUUCCUGUCCAGAUAAUGAUUCCCAAUUAUGUUUGUCGACCAAGCGAUUCUUUGAACUUUGUUGUUUUGUUUUUUUUGUUUGUUUGUUUUUUUUAUUGUUCCCUGAAAAUGUAUAGAUAAAUACAAUAUAUAGAUGUAGACUUAAUAACUUUCUUAAAUUUCAUCCCCACUUUCAUCACUUUUCAAGCAACAAAAAGCAAGGGGGAAUCGGAUUUUGCUUCCCAAGCACUACUAAGCCUCAACAAGCAAACCAGUAACCAGCCUCAUGCUGAUGAGUUGCAUUAACAACGAAACAGCUGUCCAUGAGUGGUUCACUGGUUCUGCAUCUUUUCCUAAAUUGUGUUCCAAGCAGUUGUAUACUGCAAACACAGAUUAAAAGGAAUCCGUGUUUAAAAUGGAAUGAGGCAAAAAUGUGAUUCUUUGUUAAACUAAUUUGCAUAUGCCCACCCAGAAUCCUUUGUGGUUGUAACAUCACUGCAGAGUUUGGAUUUCUGUGGGAAAAGCAAGUCUUAUGGCUUGACUGAUGUGCAGAUUUUUGUUUAACAUUGUAAUAUAUAUAUAUAUAUUUGCUUGUUCAGAGAUUGCUGACCCCAUUCCACAAAAAAAAACAAUUCCUGUAUCCUUAUUGUAUUGGAUAUGUAUUUAGAAGAGCUGUAUCCCAUUUUGUGGGGGUGCAAUAGCUGUUAAAUUAAAAUAAACCCUCCCUCCCUGCUCUUUUAGCAAGGAUCAGUUGAAAAUGCCUACACCCCGACAGACUACUCUUACAAGCAGAACUGUCAGAGAGCACAUAGCCAUGCCCCUUAAUGGGUGACACAGCUAUUUGCAUUCUUGUAUUUGGGGAUCGAUUCUUUAAAUGGAAAGAAUUUAAAGCUGAAACAAGCCUUUACUCAUUUUUUACUAGUUUUAUUAAAGCUGGAUUUUCAACAGACUGUCGGCUUACACGUGAAGCAAUAUUGGUUGUCAUGGUAACGAAGCUGUUUUAAUUUGAGUGAUUGCUAUAAAUCUCAGAGAUCUCACUUCAUCAGUUAGAGCCACUGAAAGGCUUCAAUAAUGCAGCUAGCUACAUCACUCUGCAACUACAGCAACUUGUCUGAAACUAACAACUGACUUAAAGUAAACCCAGCAAUGUAGGGGUUUAUAUGGAAAUUGUGCCAAGUUUAACCAUCAAUACACUAGUAGGUACUCCACCUUCUCAAACACUGCUAAGUGAAUGGCUGCUUUUGCUAGUUUAGUAUCAUGAAGCAUCACAUUGCAGUCUAAAAUAGAAAACAAAUAAUUCUAAAAGGAAACUUUUGCAAAAUUUAUCUUAAAGCAGCACUGUCAUGCCAAACUUACCUUUCCCCAAUCGAUUCCUCUUCUCUCCUUCUUUUUUUAUUUCUUCCUGUCUGCUCUAGUUUUCUUUAAAACUUAAGACAAAGUAGGGACUACUUUAUCUUAUGGAGGUUUCCUAUGCUUUGACCAGCAGAGGAGCAAAGUGUGCUUCCUUUCCGGUGAUCAAUGCAAUUUCCCCACAAUUCUCACCUUUAAUCCAUGAUUUUGCGAGGCUUCCUGUCAGUAUUCCCGACCGUGCUUUCACUUAGCCAGAACGCUGGCGAAACUACCGAGUUUUGUCCUAACAGAAUGAGAACAGUUUCUCCAUUCGUGUUAUGAAGCAAUUCUGGACUUUCUAAUGAAUGAAACUCCGAUCCUAUUCAUGCCGCGGCUGCAUCUUGCAGCGGCUUAGUAGAUAGCUCCCUGAUACCGCUGGAAUUAAGGAGUUAUCUACCAAAAGGCUGAAAGACCUAUUUUUUUUUAUUUUAUUUUUUAUAACAGUGAGUAGCCACUGACUGCUCCCUGUUUAAUAGACAUGCCCCUACUCGCAGUAUAGCGAGUAGGGGGCAGAAUUUACUAAUUCUAAGUAAUCUUUAUAGUAAUCCAAUUUAGGUCUUUCAGCCAUUUGGUAUAUAGCUCCCUGAUACCAUAGGAAUAGGAUCGGAGUUUCAUUCAUUCAAAUUAAAUUGCGAUCCGAACAAAGUGCCGAGUUUUGUCCUAACACGAAUGGGGAAACUGUUCUCAUUCUGUUAAAACUCAAUUCGGUAGUUUUGCCAGCGUGUCUAAGUGACAGGACGUUCGGGAAUACUGAUAGGAAGCCUCGCGAGAUUACGGAGGAAAGGAAAAAAUUGUGGGACAAUUUCUCUAACCACCGCAAAUGAAUCACACUUUGCUCCUGGUCAGAGAUGGUCAGGCGUAGGAAACCACCAUAAGACAAAGUAGUACCUACUUUUCUUUCUCUUAUAUUUUAAAGAAAACUAGAGCAGACAGGAAGAAAUUAAGAACAGAUCCUGACAGAGGGAGAGAAGAAGAAUCGGUUGGGGAAAGGUAAGUUCGGCAUGACAGUGCUGCUUUAACUGCCAGUGAGAUCAACCAAGGUCAAAAAGAAUAAAAGUUAUGGGAGGUGCGUGCUAUUAAUGUUUCUUAUUUAAUCAGCGAGUCAUUAACUUCCUUUCCUAAGAUAUAGCACCCUCUGUUCCACAACAAAACAAGUGUAUCGAGGAGUUGAUCACAAACCUGCAGUGCAGUGACAGCUUGGAGUCUCCUCUUUCUUAUAAUUGUUAUGUCCUGUAUGUGAAGGAAUAUGGCUCUUUGCAUUUGGACUAAUGUAGUGGUUAGGGCGCACAUACAAGGGGAUGCUUUCAGGUUUCCUGUAAUAUCCUCUGGCCAGGUUCUUUCAACAGUUGGCAUUCUGCUCCCAUCUGUUCUUUUUGUCCUUGUUCUAAAAGACAAACAAAGCACCGGUUGGGUUAAAAGGUGAUUUCCUGUGCUCCACAGAAAAACCAUCAUUAACAGCUGCUUCCCAGCUACCUGCCAGAUUGAUUUAUGGGAUAAGAUAGAGGAGGGGGGUGAGCACAAGCCUAGUCUAAACUAGAUGUGUCUUCCUGUUAUUAUUACUGGCAUUUAUAACGUGCCAACAAAUUCCGUAGUGCUAUCCAAUUUGGGAAAACGAUUGUUGUAUUUCUUGAUGCAAGACUACAGUUUAGCGUAUAUGUAUAACUAAUAUCCUGCUUACUCCACGCAUGGGUGGAAGGGGAAAAUAUUUCUGUAUAUUUAUAAAUCUAUAUAUAUUAAUACAUAGUUUAUAGUCUGCCCUAGAACUUGAAAAUUAUCAAUAAUAAAAACAAAAAUCUCAAUUGGUAAGCAUUUUAAAACACAAUAUUAUCACACCUGUCUGUGCUUAACUGUUACAGCUGUCUCUUUGAAAACCUAGCUCAAAUAUUAGACAAAAGCAAAACGUACACAUUGGCAAACAACUGCAAAAUGCAUUCAACAAACAGCAGAAAAUAAACAAACAACCUAUUAUAAGAUGCUUGCUACUCUGGUACGUGUAGAGUGAAAUCUGAAACAACAAAUGAGUGUAGUUUUACUUUCAUAUUUGUAAUUUGUUGAUUCUCAAUUGCCAAUCUUGACAGAAUGACCACAGCAACCUGAAGUAGUUGGGGCUGGAGAACAUGACCGUAAUGGUAACUCUAACCGAAAAAGUUUUUUUUUUUAAUUAAAACACUGGUUUUAGAUGGAUUGACCCUCUAAUAAAUUUUUCCAUGAACGGUAUUAGGGAAACGCAAAUUGAGUGUAGCAUGUUUCUAUGGGAGCUUGUUGUGGGACACGGCAUAUUUUAUAUUCUUCAACACGAUCUGUAGUGGUUUCCUAUAAAAAAAAAAAAAAUUCAAGUCUGCAUCUUUCAGCGGAUGUAAUUUUCGCACCGAUACUACAGUGGUGUUAUGAAGUGCAAAGUGUCUUUCGUUUAUUUUUCCCACUGUUGCCUUAAACUUUAUCUGAUUACAUGGGAGUUCCCAUUAUAGGUUAGUGGGUUAUUACAUUAACUUCUCCUCUCAGACAUUUAUAAGCCUGUUCUGCAUUUUUAUAGUUUGAAUACUUUGUUUAUUAUUCUUUCAUUAAUUCAACAGGACCACAAACUAUCCUCUAAUUCUAAAUUUUUAUCUGUGACUGUAAGUCAUCCAAAAACUGUAUUGUGCAUGAGCAAGUAAAUCUUAUGCAAAUUACUAUGUCAAAUUAUCAUAUUCAUUAUAUUUUCUUCUUGGUUUUUUUGUUUUUAUUUUUUGCAUCACAUUUGUUUAAAUUUCACAUUUAAAAAAAAAAAAAAAAUUUCCUCUUUCUUAAGAAGUAGUACUUACACUUUCUGCAAGGGUAGCCUUAUGCUAAAUGGUGACCAUUUGGGCCUAGUGUUUUAGAUCCGUUACCUGUUAAAGUGGUAAUUUAGAGACCAUAACCUCAGUCUUUCUGGUUUCAGACAAACUUUUCAAAUAUUUUAACAAAAGAUAUGGGUUGUCUCUACACCCAAAGUACCACUCUCUGAUGCUACAGCGAUAAUGCAAACGUUUCGUUUCCACAUUAUGCAUAAACUAUCCACACUUGGGCAGCAAUCAUACAUUGUGAGCACUAGGCAAGCAGACCCCAUAUUUAUGGAUCCGCUUUUAAGCUGCAAUGGUUUUGGUGCAUACAGUAUCCCUUUAAUUACGGAUUGGGUCAUUACUCAAUAAGUUAAACAAAAAAGAUAUUUUGAAUCCUUUAGAACAGUAUCCGUAACCUGUACAUAGCCCGGCUUGCAGUAUUCUAUUUGUUUUUUGUUAUGAACAAACAGAACAUCUAUUUUCACAUCUGUUCCUUACAGUUUAUUCGGUUAUUGAAUGCAUGCUAUUCUGUAAGUUGGAGUGGCUUUGUGCAAAACCCUGAUACUUGUGUUUUUAAAGCUUGCAUCCAAGAUUCCGAAUUCCCUUGGGCAGCUAGAGCUUGUUAUGGUAACUGUUUUGUUUAAUUUUGCUACGUUCCCAAACAUCCUGUUUUCUGUCACGGCUGCUACUAAAUAGUUUUGGGUUUUUUUCCGGCUAAUCUUCCCACUCUGCACCUGUACUAUGGGGGUAUGUCAGUUCAUUCAACUAAUCAGUAACAAAAAAAAGGUUCACUACAAAUUUAACUUGUUUCCGCAUUUUGUAUGGAGUUUAACUACUGUAUAGAAGGGAUGCUAGGGUCAACUAGGUAUUAUUGCUAAAAUAAAAAUAAGUAAAUAUUGAAUGCAGAUUAUUGCACUGUGUAUAUAUAGAAUACAUCAUUUUAUUGCGCUGUAAAAUUAGCUUUUUUUUUUUUUCUCUUGAGAGGACCAAAACAAGUAGAGAUAUGUGAAAUAGAACUAUAAAAAUAGUCUCUAACCAGCGAGUCAGAAAACAUGAAAAGGAAAACGAACAAACGGUUAUAAUGGGGUCAGGCCACUCAAUAAAGUAUAAUAUAAAUAUGAUCAGUUGGCUUUGGUGCCAUAGAGAAAUAUGGCCAAGCUGUAGACCCUAUGAUUUCAAAAAGAAGAUGUUAAAGUUAAAAUAAAGCAAUAUCCAAGUGUCUCCAAACUAGCUUGAAUCGAUCAAUAGAGUCUGAAGCCAGGUGGGAGAUCUCGUAGAGUUGGCAUACCUCAAGCAAGUAGGUAAUAAUUGGAGGGAUAAUGGAUUUCCAGUUUUUCACUAGAAGCAUUUUGAUUGCUAAAAUUAUGAUACAAUAAACAGUUUGGUUUCGGAUGUCGGGGGUAUUAACCCAAAAUAGCACAUUGUAUUACUCUUGGUAACCUCUUCCAUUAGUCUGCAGUUGUCCAGUAGUUCUCUUUGGAAUGUUCGAAGUGGGGGAGAUAGAUAGAUAGAUAGAUAGAUAUAGAUAUAUAUAUAUUCUAUCCCAUUUUAUUUGAGAUGACAAAUUAUUAUUGCUUUGGAAUACUCUUUAGCUGUAUUCUUUAUAAACCACCUCUCAAGUGUUUGUUUGGUAUGCAAUCUAAUACUUCUAAUUAAAAGGUCACUCGAAGUACCAUAAAAACGUAUACAUUACGUUUUACUCUAAGAUCAAGAAUACUCUAAGAUAGCUUGUUCAGUAAUCCCUCAUCCAAGGAUGUACAGCAGUCUUCCUAGGCAGAGGCCUAGAGAGAAAGUACCGCAGUAGAGUAACCACCCCAAAAUAAGGUAAAUUUGAGACUGUAUCUAGUUAAAUUAUAAUUUCUUGGUGCAGGGUAUGUGUAGAGAUUGCAAAACGGCAACUGAAUUGCAUUUUUGUUUAAUAUAUAGAAAAAAAUAAAACCCUUAUUUUGUAUAACUUGCUUAAAGAUAGUUGCCCUGUGUAAUGCUAUUCUAUAUGACUUCUAACAAAAAAAGAUUGCAAAUCUGUAGAUUACCAGUUAACUUUUUUUUUUUUUGCUUUUCCCACCCACGUAAACAGUAAGCCUAUACAAAAAAAAUGUAUAAAGUUGUUCCCCUGCAAGACUCUGCUCUAUUCCUGAAGGUUACUGAGCAUGCUGUGCGUACAAUUACCAAGAGUAGUCCUCUCUGGCCAGUGACAAGACGAUGAUUGACAACUUCCUGUUGGCACUGUAUAAUGUAUUCCUAUUCUUUUCUUUUCAAGUGUACAGAGCAGAUUUAUCCAGAGAGGGAGCAGAAUAACUGUACUAAUAAGAGCUUAAGAAAUCUUCGUUUUGUGUCCCGAUUACAAAAUAGUUUAAAAACCAUAGAUUAUAUACCAACUUUUAACUAUUUAACACCAGUGUUACAUUUUUAACUAGAUGCAAUGAAAGCAUAUACAAUGGAGUGUUUGUACAUUAAAGUUUUUCUCAUACAAUAUGGAUAUAAUCAAGAUUUGCUUAUAUGAUUUAUUCUCUCCCAUGUGAAUGUCUGCAUCCCAUAUUUAAGUAACCUUAGAGCUUCCUCAUAGGAAAAUAUAAAUGCUUUCCUAUUGGGUUUUGCGAGAUGCUGGACAUGAGGACGUCCAGCGAUGUCUCACAGAAUUAAAGAGACCAUAUAGUCACCAAAACAACUUUAGUUUACUGAAGCAGUUUUGGUGUAUAGAUCAUGCCCCUGCAGUUGCACUGCUCCAUUAUCUGCCAUUUAGGAGUUAAAUUACUUCGUUUAUGCAGCCUUAGUCACACCUCUCUGCAUGUGACACAGUCCUCUUAAAAACUUCCUGUAAUGAGUCAUCUAAUGUUUAUACUUUCUUAUUGCAAAUUCUGUUUAAUUUAGAAUUUCUGAUCUCCUGUUUUCAUAAGUUUGCAAGACCCAGAGUAAUUAAAGUUCAAUUUACAGAGCAGGAGAAAGUAAGUUACAUCUGAUUGAAAGUGAAACCAUUUUGUUUACACGUAGGCUGUGUGAGAUGCAGCCAGGGAAGGCGUGGCUAGGGCUGCAUAAACCGAAACAAGUGAUUUUACUAAAUGGCAGAGAAUUGAGUAGUGAGACUUCAGAGGCUUCAACUAUACACUAAAACUGCUUCAUCAAGCUAAAGUUAUUUUGGUGACUAUAGUGUCCCUUUAAACUACGUGAAAAUGCAGGAAGUGCCUCUAGUGUGUGCCUGGUAGACUGCCACUAGAGGCAGUCUUAAUUGUGCAAUGAAAACAUUGCAGUUUUUUGUUAGAGUAAGGGUGAAUACCACAUUUGUGCAAAAUCUGAUAUCUGUGAAAAGCCUGUGUACAGUACUAGUGAAAGCUCUUCCAUUAAAAACUAUUUGGAGCACUCACUACCGCGCUGCUUUCAGCUGAGUAUCGACGUGUGUGCGCACCAUAUAGGUCACAUAUUCAGCCAUUUCCUGAUUGCUGUAGCAUUUGGUUAUUAUUAUUAUUAUUAUUGCCAUUUAUAUAGCGCCAACAGAUUCCGUAGCGCUUUACAAUAUUAUGAGAGGGGAUUUAACUAUAAAUAGGACAAUUACAAAUAAACUUACAGGAACAAUAGGUUGAAGAGGACCCUGCUCAAUCGAGCUUACAUUCUAUAGGAGGUGGGGUGAAAAACACAUUAGGACAGGAAUUUGCAAUCAAAUAAGGUGGGCUGCCCUUUAGGAGAGGGCAAGAGACGGGUAUGUGAGGUAGGGGUUAGUCUUGGAGGCCAUAAGCUUUCCUAAAGAGAUGGGUUUUAAGGCACUUCUUAAAAGAUGCAAGACUAGGGGAGAGUCGGAUGGCGGUAGGCAGGCUAUUCCAUAGGAAGGGAGCCGCCCGCGAGAAGUCCUGCAAGCGCGAGUUGGCCGUACGGGUGCGGACAACGGACAGGAGGUGGUCACGGGCAGAGCGGAGAGACCGAGAAGGGACAUACCUGUGGAUCUGUGAGGAGAUAUAAGAGGGGCUAGAGUUGUUCAGUGCUUUGUAGGUGUGAGUUAGUGCCUUGAAUUGACUCCUAUAGCACACAGGAAGCCAAUGUAAGGACUGGCAGAGGGGUGAGGUGUGAGAGAACCGACUAGAGAGGAAAAUCAGUCUAGCAGCAGCAUUCAUUACAGACUGUAGGGGUGCAGUACGGCUUUUGGGAAGACCAAGCAGGAGAGGGUUACAAUAAUCCAUGCGUGAAAUUAUUAGAGCAUGGACAAGCUCCUUGGUAGUAUCUGGUGCAAGAAAGGGGCGGAUGCGGGCUAUGUUUUUAAGAUGGAAUCUACAGGAUUUGCCAACAUGCUGGAUGUGAGGCUCAAAGGUGAGACCAGAGUCAAGUAUGACGCCAAGACAGCGCGCUUGCAAGGAUGGGCUGAUGUUGGUACCACAAACUUGAAGGGAGAGCGAAAGAGGAGGAUCAGUAUUAGGAGGAGGAAAGACAAGGAGCUCAGUUUUUGAGAGAUUGAGUUUCAGAAAGCUGGAGGACAUCCAGUCAGAGAUGGAAGAAAGGCAAGCAGUGACACGUUGCAGGACAGCAGGGGAGAGGUCCGGGGAGGAGAGAUAUAACUGGGUGUCAUCAGCGUACAGGUGGUAGUGGAAUCCAAAUGAGGCAAUAAGUUUGCCAAGAGAGGCAGUAUAAAGAGAAAAUAGAAGGGGACCAAGGACGGAGCCUUGGGGGACUCCAACCGAGACAGGGCAUAAUACCUCUGAUCUGAAGAUUCAGCAGGACUUGGUUGCUUGGGAGUGCUGGGUGUUAAUGCUGUUUUAAGGGGCCCAGUCUCUGAUCUGAAGAUUCAGCAGGACUUGGUUGCUUGGGAGUGCUGGGUGUUAAUGCUGUUUUAAGGGGCCCAGUCUCUGCUCUGAAGUGAUUCUGGGAAUUUCUUAGCAUGGUCCAAUUAUUUAUUUUUUUAAUAUAAAGGCUGUUUUGAUGCAAAAUAAGUGCCCCAGUCUUCUGUGGAGUGACAGAUUUAAAAAAAAAAAAAAAAAAAAAAAUUUAAGUAAGGGCUUGAUUUUAAUUCCCACUAAGGUGGUGUAUAUACUGUCACAGUGAUGUCAAAAUAAAUUCUGCUUGAUAUUGUGAAAUUAAGUGAUUUCCUCAAAUUUUGUGUUGAAGUGUAAGUGUAUUCUAAGCAUUUAAGUUACAUCAGCUGUUGAGUUCUAUUUUAAGGCUGGCUUCCAGUGAGAAUAAAGGCUGGUGAUCUCAACCAUCUAUAAAUGACCCCGGUCAGACAUUAAAAUACCAGCUCUACAUGUAGUGUGGGAAUAGACUGUGUUGAAUACUGUCUCUGGAAUUCAUGUUGGGGUUUUUUGUUUUUUUGUUUUUCCUUCAGCUGCAGCAUGUCCAGUUGUUUUUAAAGGACAAUAAUAGUAAAAUAUAAGUGGGCUUUUUUAAUAUAUGUUCAGUAGUAUUGUCAAUUUCUUAAGACCUAGCUCUCAAAGGGACACCAGCAUAAUUUAUAUAAACCAUCUAGAUAAUAAUGCCCUCCAUACAUUAUGCUUCCAUGAUUGUGUUUAUAAGGAGAACAAUUAUAUAGCCUUUAUGACUGCAUUUGCUCAUUGGUAUAAAAUCAUUGCUUGAGUUAAAGAAUCACUGCGUGAGCUAAAGAAAUCAGAAAAUGCUCAUUUCCACAUCCUUGGAAAGUGUCAGUGUGCUUGAAACUACUAUAUUCCCAUGCCAAGCUAUAAAGUGUUUAUUUAGAAAUCUGGAAAUCAAAAUUUCUUUGUAAAUUUGGCACUGGUUAUUGUUAGUUGUGUUUUAUAUAUUAAACAUUUUUACAACCUUUACAUUCUAAACCUUUACAUUCUAAACCUUUACAUUCUAAACCUUUACAUUCUAAACCUUUACAUUCUAAACCUUUUCAUGUGUAUAUAAUCCUAAAGCUUUUAGAAACACAAUCAUGUAUUUCUAUCAGUUUUUUUUUGUUUAGAUUUAGGAACCCCCCUCCCCUGUAACCGUAAAAAUAAGGUACCUAGCAUUUUUCUCCUCGCCAUGGCUGUACUCUGUCCCUGGCUAAAUUCAUCGUUACUGAUGAUUUCAGACAGUCCAAUCCUUCUCCAUAGAAGGCCACUGGGGGGUUGCCUAAAAAGAAAAAGCAGUAGAUCCCUAGAUACUUCCUGAACUACAACCACUGUACAGUGAUGCUUUGCCAGCCUUUGGAAUAGCAGGAAAUGACAUCAGGGGAAUCUUAUUUUGGGGUCCCCUGGAGUUGAAGCCCAGUAUCAUUCUAACCUAGCUUUCAAUAUUACCGUGGCUUGAUUUGUUAGAUGGGCAUAAUGGGAUAAUUUCGUAGCAUUAUUCACAUUCUGUGUAAUAUCACUUUAGCUGAAUGAAGGUAGUUGCAAAUUGCAAUGCAUGCGUUUUUUUGUGAGUGAAAUUUAAAUAUCUUUUAAACACUGUGGUCCAAGAGAUUCUGUGUACACGAACAAGCCAUACAGCAAACAAGAAUCUUGUUGUAGAAUUAGUUAUAGAGUAUUGUUACAUUGCUGAUGGAAUUCCUGUGUCUUCUGUAAUCACCAAAGGAAACAUCCAUACAUUAAAAGUGCUGUGGGCUUGCGAAGUAAAAAAACAGAUCACUGCUUAGCCAGUGAAUGUGAAAUGAUUAGAGGCUUGUCCUAUGUAGGGGCAUGUGAGAUCCGACGACAUGCACACCUGUCCUAUGAAUACAGACCUUCAAGUCAAGCAGCUGUUGCCGGUCCAAGUAAUGUUUGUGUUUUAACAGUAUUCCCUGUUUGUUAUAGAGGUUGAGAGAUGAAAGCUCCUGUCAUUCCAAAAAUCUACUUCUCUCGUGUUUGACCCAUUACCGCUGUUAUACUGACUAUUUGUUUGGCAACAAUAGGCUAGUGAUAGUUUUGAUUACACAAAAAUCUUCUGUUCUUGUGACAUUGUAUGAUUUAUUCUCAGUGUAAAUCUUUCCUAUCUUCCCAACUCUCUGGCACUUUCAACCGUGAUUUUGUGUUUUUUUUUUGUCCUUCAAUAUGAGUUUAUUCUUUCAAAGAAAAAGGCAACAAGGGUAUAGAUGGGGGAAGCUUAUAACCAAGAGAAAGAAUAAAAAUAUGUAGCAUGCAUAAAGGGUGGAGAGAUAAAAAAAAAAAAAAAGGCAGAUUUUAAUUUAAGGGGAGUUGUGAUCUAUGGAGAGAAAAAAGGGGAAAUGUGGGGCACUGAUGUUAAAGGAGAGGCGGAGGUGGCAGGGAAAAGCGUUAAUGGAGCGUUCAGAUUUCUCAAAUCAUUGUGUAUAUGAUGUAUGCAUCUAUAUAGUGUUUUCUCUGAGAAGUUGUAAUAAACCACAAGACUGAAACUUUUUUAUGGAGGUCUCUAGAACCCCAAUACUUCAGCACUAUAAUUUAUUUUUUUUAUUUUUUGCUUAUACGGUUCCUUGAUUUGAUAGCUUGAGGGAUUAUCUACCCAAUUCAGUUAGCUCGACCGAUCUCUAGCAUUGCCUGUUGCCAGAAUGCCUGUGUAUUCAAUAGGCUCUUUUUGCUCUUGCGUCCGUGGCCGGUCCCUGCACCCUCUAUAGCUGGGGUUCCCAAUAGGUAGAUUCCCCAGAUGUUUAAAACUACAGCUUCCACAAUGCUUUGUCAUUCUAAAGACAUUCUGAAAGCAUGCAAAGCAUCAUGGGAGUUGUAGUUCUACAACAUAUGAGGAUCUACCUUUUGUGCACCCCAUCUCUAUGAAAAAAAAAAAAAGCCACAUGCACAAGCUCUCAGCUUGAAUCAGAGGCUUCUCAACGAAAGUCAUGGCCUGGGGUUAAACAUAUACCCCAAUGAAAAAAUGCAGAAUUCAAUGUAUACAUGUUUUUUUCAUUGUUAUAUCCAGUAAAUAUUAAUUAAAAACAAAAAAAAAUAAUUAAACUGAAAUCUUCGUAUGAACUUUCACGUCUGCAUUCUUUUUAUGGUCAUACAGUGUCCCAUAGGUCCAUGUUUCUAUUAAUCUGAUUAUGCUACGCUGGGGGAUGUAAUGGGCUGGGCAAUACAUUCCCUGAGGUUAAUUCUGACUUUUCACCCAGUGUUAGUGAAAGGAUAGAACAAUCGGUCUAUCUGUCAUUUAACAUUUCCUGGUUACAAAAAGACUAAAGUCUAUCAAGUUCAACCUUUUACACAUAUCUGUAGGUUGGUAUAUGUAAAAACUGUAUUAUAUAGAAAUAAAUAAUAUCCUUAUAUAGUCUAAUUCUCUGGGGGGGGUGGGGGGGGGAUUUGUUUUUAGGUUUGUGGUUUAUUUUAAUUUUUUUGGUGGGGGCGGCUGGAUGAGGCAGUAUAUUUCUAACUAUCCACUAUAAUGAAUGCUCUCAGCCUAGCACUUGCUCCCUAUUAAGAAAAGUGAAUGAAAUGCAUGUAUUAUCUCUUUCACUCCCCUUUUCAGUGCUGAGCCAAGCACCCAGUCUCAGGCUUCCUGGUUGAAACCUUGGACACAGAAAUGCAGGGGCUUGCAGACUUAGAGGUUAAACCGUUCAUUAACAAUUUUAACCCUUCCAGUAAGCCAGAGUCCCAGACCUGAUUGCACCAUCACGACUUCACUGCUAAAGUUGUUAUUGUGCCCACAUGGUCUUAUAAAGGAAAGUAACGUUUUGUAUAUUAAUCUAGGUUCACUUCAACUACUAUAAGCAAUAGAGGAAUGUACGCAGAAACUCUAAAACCUCUGAAAACACUUUUAUCAUUCCAUAAUGUCCUGCAUACUACAGCAAAUUUGCUGGGAGUGUGUGUACAUUGCAUGAUGGGAUACUGGCAAUUCACCUUGUAUAUUCCAGGCAGAGCCUUGACAGCUUUACAUAUGCUGGAAACCGGAAUACUUUGGAAAUAAAGAGCACAACUCCUAGCUAAACUGCUCCCUUUUUAAUUUAGACAAGCAAACGUUUUAUGAAAUGCUGCAGCUUGUACACUGGUCUCUAGAUAUGGGAUAGACAGGGUGGUGAGGAGCUUUCCUAACUUGUUUUCUUAGUCCGUACUUUGGACAGAUUCCUAGGCCCCAACGUAACAAUAAUAAAGCAAUGAAUACUUCUUACUGGCUCGUUCAGGUUAUUUUAGAUAAUCCCACUCCUUGUUUACCAUGACCACAGCUAUCUUUGCAUGUGGUGGGAGAAGGGAGUAUGUUUCCUUUCCACUGCUGGUGGCCUUCGCCUCAGAUGUUCCAAUAAAUUAUGCUCUUUUAAAGCACAGAUGACAAGUUAUGAUUCACGGGUGGAGUGUAAUGUACAGACUUGGAUUUCCAUGUAUGUGUUGUUGCAGAUCCGUAGAAAGGUGCAGUCAUUCUAUUUUUAUGCUCCGUUUAAUGAAGGAGCUGCUUUGUUGCACAUGUAAUCUGAUUGCUAGCAUGUUCUCUGCAGCCUGCUACAUCAAAGCGCCUGAUUAACAUUCAACAUAUAUCUUAGCAUCUCUGUCUUUAAAGGGACACUCUCAGCCCCAGUUCUGGUGCAUAGGGCCAGUGUCUGCAGCCUAAGGAAUGUAGACAGACCAUUUACAUCUGUCCCUAAAGCUGAUCCUAGUGGCUGGUGCGGUGUUAUCUGAAUUGAAAUUUGGUUUAUUUUUCACCAGAACCUAAAUUGUACUUUUAAAAUAUUUGCAUCAAAAUAGUAUUUAGUAAAUAGCAUGUGUGUGUCCCCUCCACCUUCUAGUGUAGCUCACCUGAAUUCUUGCAUGGAAUCUGUAUCAUUUGGCAUGUAGUAGUGGGCCAGCUUGAUACAUUUUGUGAAUAAUUCUCACACUUUUUGGCAGAGCUCUGUUCUAUGUCUGAGUGUAUAACAGAGCCCCUUAGCAAUAAUAUUUCGUUAUCCGUAUUCAAACUACAAUAAAUAUGUUUAGAAGUCAGUCUGUAAAUAAGAUAUUUUUCUAAAUCACAUUUUAGUUGCAUAAAUGUAUUAGUAAGUCCCCCAAAAUUUCUCAGACCAGCCUUACUCCUGGCCACACACCCCACUCACACCAAUAUAAUUUAAGUGUCCCUCUUUAUCCAUUUGAAAUAUUUGGAUGUAUGGCUUUCAACACCUGGGUCAUAAUAGAUUCCAUGUUUAUUAUUUGCGUUACACACACAGUAUAUAAUACAUUGGUUGGGAUCCUCUGACCUAAAACGUGUUUUUUUUUAGAAACUUGGAAAUCCCUUUGAAAUAUGCCUUGGUCAUACCUGGCAACUUUUGUGACCCUCUGUCUCUCUUUUCAGACUGGCACCGAUAGUUCAUCAAACUCCUCGCAGAAGAGAGAGCCACCGGUCAGAACAAUUGCAUCUCCUCUGCCAAGCGGACAUUGCCGGUAUAGCCCCCUCAGCCAUAUUGAUACCUAUGGCUUGGACCAGUAUACCUCAGAACCAGUAAGUGUUUAUUAGUAACUUACCACCUACUGUAAAAGCACACGAGCAUGGUGUGUUCUCCUUGGCAAUCAUAGAACUGGCCCAAAUGCUGCUUGAGUAUUUUGAUGGCAAAGUAACCCUGUUUAACUGUUUGUUUGUUUUUUGGGGGGGUGUGUGUGUGUGUGUGUUUUUCUCAGAAAUGACAUUUUUGUUCUUCUUUACCAAAGCAAAAAAUAUAAGUAGUCUUAGGAACAAACAAAAUAAUAAAAUCAUGAAAAUUACAUUUUAGCUCCGGUGUGUCCACACCAUCAUACGCGAUGGUUUAUUCUGGCAUUGCAAUGAGUACUUUUUAAGUUCUAGUUAUGGGAACCCAUUUGCAUCUGUGGUGUACUGAGGUGUAAUAUUGACUUGUUACUGUGUUUACUUCUCCUGUUUUUUGGAACAGAAAUAAAACCUUGUUUAUAAUGACACUUGGCAUUAUAUUUUUGAUGUCUCUGAAUUUAGCGUAUUGCGACUAACUGCUUUCAUCCAGCUUGAUAAUGCAGAAUGUAUAGGUCUACAGAUAUCCAUAUUGAUUCCCCUCAACCUUGUUGGCACCAUAACGUAUGUGCUGAGCUCUAGUGCCUUUGUUGCUUAAAUUCUUAAAGUGCCCAUUCAGUUUGAUUGUGAGCAGAUUCUAAAACCCUAGUUUUUUUGUUUGUAUUUGUUUUGGCAAAUGUAGUUAUCCGUUUGGACAUUCUUUAGUAAUAAGCAUCUCCUAUUGUGUCUUUCAGUCAUUGCCUAGACCACCUAGGCACGUCAGCUUUCCAGACGACGAUGAUGAAAUUGUUCGGAUCAACCCAAGGGAAAGGAACUGGCUUACUGGCUAUGAGGACUACCGCCAGGCGCCCAUCCAUCGAAAAUACACAGAUCCAGAGAACACUGACUCUUACGUUCGUUUUGACAAAAGUGAAUCUUCAAAACACGAUUAUAAUUACCCUUACGUAGACCACUCUGAUUUUGGCGUUUGCAAAACCAUGAAGGGUUCAGUCAUUAAUACCCAGCCACCUAGGUGCAAGUCCAGGAGAAAAGAUGGAGAGCGGUCAAGAUGCGUGUAUUGCAGGGACAUGUUUAACCAUGACGAGAACGGUCGGGGGCAGUGUCAGGAUGCCCCAGAUUCAGUCCGAAACUGCAUCCGUCGAGUCAGCUGUAUGGGAUUUGCAGACUGUGUGCUUUACCACUGUAUGUCUGACUCUGAAGGGGAUUACACAGACGCUUGUUCUUGUGACACCAGUGAUGAAAAGUUCUGUCUGCGGUGGAUGCUCCUUAUUCCACUUUCCAUCGUUGCACCAGGGAUGUGUUGUUACCUCCCCCUACGUGCUUGUUAUAACUGUGGUGUUAUGUGCGGGUGCUGUGGAGGGAAGCAUAAAGCGGCAGGCUGACCAUGUGCAAGCUGGGAAUUUUCCAUCUGUGCGUCUUUUCUGAUCGAUUGGGGAUCACCUCUGCAUUAAACAAUCAGUUGGGUGCUUUACGCCCUGACCUGAACACCAGUUGUACUUAAAACCCCAGGGAGUUCAGAUGGAAUGUAACAAACUCUUUUUAAAUUUCAAAAAGGAUUGGCAAAGGAAAGGCAUUUUGAGUUACUGUUACCAGUGAGAAACCAGAUGUAUAAUAUGAAACCUGAAGAUGGGGAAAAUACUAAAUAUUUUGAUCUUUGUGAAAAACAAAAUGUCAUGUGUAAAUAUAGAUGGCACUUCCAGAAAGGUUAUGCUUGAUCCCUCUGUUAAGGCUGAUUUGGCUAGCUUCUGGAAGGAAAGAAAAAGGGUUUUAAUACGUUAAAUAAAUCCCCUCCCCUUAUAAGUAUUUUAACCCGCAGCCAGAUAUUCUGUACUUAUCUACUAUAACGUAAGGUAUUAAGAGUACAAUAAUGCAGUAUUGCUAUUUGUCUAUUAUGCCAAAACCAAUUAUUUAUGCAUAUAUAGUAUUUGAUGUCCAUUAUCAUUUCUUUUUGUAAAAAAAACACAAACAAAG